UGGAGGUCAAUCAAACAUUUUCAAUUCAAGUCCAGCUACAAGGAUAAGGUAAAUGGAUUUUCUUAUUUGAAGUCAUGUACAAUAAUGAAAAAUGAAACCUAUCCUACUUCGCCUUGCUUGUUCCCAAUGAAUGCUUAAUGUUUUCGAAGCAAUUUUUGAGCCUGUGGUUGCUGAUAACAAACUUGAUUCGUUUGCCUUGAAAUUACAAUGGGAGCAUACUGUUUUAUAAUUGGCAUCGAUAAAUUACCUUUUUUCGAGGUAGGUUCCUACAGUUUAUUUAGCCUUGAUCAGGAUGUUUGUCCCAUUUUUUCGUAACUCUACCGUUUUUCUUUGCAAAAGAGACCGAAAUCAGUACCGCGCGAAAAUUGUUGGCAUCUUUUAGCCUACUUCUUUGUAAAGUUGUUCAAUAUUUUGUCAACGCAAUCAGCUAAAAAAAGGAUCCGAACUAUUUACUCAGUAAUGGAAUGCAAGAUUAUGUCUAUUCGAGUACUCACAUAUCAUUCUCUCUCUUGAAGUUUUUUGUGUGCUAAGUGGGAGCAGAUUUGAGAAGAAUCUUCACUUAAACUUAACAAUGGCAUAAACACUUGUCAUGAAAAACCUCACCGUCUCGCUGCUCAUACUAUUUCAGGGCAGCCUAACUCUGGGAUGUUUUUUUUCUUCUUCCAUAGACACAUAAGCAGUGAAAGCACUGAAACAGCUAGAAAUGUUGACAUUAAGGUAUUGGUAGCUAAUUUCUAAACUUAAACCUAUCUAUUUUGGGACUGCCUCUUAAAUAUGAUUUUUUUUUAAUACUUGGUUACUUGUAAGAACCAUACACCCUUGAGGUGCAAUCAAAUAUGAGAUUUAAUUCUUGGAUUCCAUGAAUUUGGUGAAUUAAAAUUGCAGUGAGGCUGCGACAUAAGUAUUAAUUAAAAUUGUUAAAAACUCAUAGCUUCCUUUUGUUUCGAUUAACGAUUCUCUCAAUCUUGUAGCCUUCUCUUAGUGCUGGGGGUAUGUCUCUUCCAAAGCGGGCCUUCCAUUGGUGGAACACCUGACAAUUCCGAUACAUUUUUAAGGGUUGACCGCAUGUGUCAACCGAUACCUCUGUACCUUCGUCUAAACUGUAUCAGGCGCCGUUACCGCACGUUCGACGGGACAUGCAACAAUCUGUGCAAUAUAACCGAGGGCUCUGCCGAGACUGGAUUCGACCGCUUCCUCCCACCAGCCUUUCAGAACGGAGAUGGACCUAGACUCAUGUCUUCAUCUGGUGCUCCACUGAAGAACGCGCGAACAAUCAGUAAAAACGUGUUCAAGAGUACGUCUGAAGAUGUGGGUGGAAAACCCCCACCUUUCACUCACGUGACCAUGACGUGGGGUCAAUUUAUAGAUCAUGACAUCACGUUAACUGAGUCCAACGAGACUGCGGGAUGCGGGACCAACAACGAACAAUGUCCCACCAACAUUCCCGGAUGUAUAAGCAUACCGAUCUCACAGAACAACCCCGAUGAUCGACUGGCAAACAAUGUAACUGCACAAUGCAUUCCCCUAUCACGAUCAGCAUUGAGGGAUCGUGAACAGGUGAGAGAUUCCUGCAGUCUUAAGCGUCAUUUUCAUCCGCAUUGCAGUUAACAUUUAUCUUUUAUAAACAAACGAAUCCCGUGAGAAAAGUUAUAUUUUCUUGACAUAACAUUGCGGGGCAGGAGAGAGAAAAGUUUGAUGAAACUUUGAAUUUAUGCGCAACUUUGAAGAAACGAAAACGAUUUCAGUUGAGCACAUAACGCGAAGUACAAAUAGAAUUGGAGGUCCCAGUAUUGAUCAAUCACGGGGGAAGUGCUAUCCUUUGAAAUAAACACUACUUCGAUUUAGCAAAAGAAACCGAAAAAAUACUCGUUCACUCUUUUUCAGGUUAACUUAGUUUCAUCCUACAUUGAUGCUUCGAUGGUUUAUGGAGCUAAUUGUGAAGAGGCAGAGAGCCUCCGUGACAAAAUAGCAAAUACUGGAGCUUUACGCGUUCUCCCACUGCCAGUGAGACGCUCCGACAGGAUGCCAAUUUUACCUGAAGCUAGCCCAGAAUCCUUUUGUAGAUCACCGAGACCUGCAGUGAGGCCUUGUUUCCUAGCUGGUGAUUUUAGGAGAGUCAAUGAAAACCCCGGUAAGAAUUUGUGUGGGAUAAUAUAUCUCCAGCUAUCCAUCAGGAGGGCGUCUCUCUUAUUUACACAAAUUUUGUUGUGGUCGUAAGCGAGACUGAAUAGAUAUUUGCCAAUAAGCAUAGGGAUAAAAACAGAGAAUCUUUUAAGCUUGUAUCUCUUAUAUGCUUUCAACUUUUAAUUCCCCAUCUUCAGUAAUCGUUUUUAUUAAGGAACACAACAACCCUGUAAAUAUUAUGAAUUCAGUUUGAACGAAGAGAGUAACACCUAGCUCAUGAAAAAUCAAAUAAUCAUGAAGGGCAAAGUUUAACAGAAAAUAACUAAAUCCCGUUCUCUUUUCCUUAUCUUUCAGCGCUUAUGGUAAUGCACACCCUUUUUGUGCGUGAACAUAAUCGCAUUGCACAGUUCCUUCAUUAUCUGAAUCCAAUAUGGCAGGAUGAAAAGCUUUUUCAGGAGGCACGAAAAAUAGUGAUUGGUCAAAUACAGCACAUUACAUACAACGAAUGGCUCCCUGUUCUGUUUCCUUCUAAAAAAUUGGUGAGGAUCGAUUUAUUUAUGAAAUGCAUGAUACUUUAUGAUACUUCGCGUUUUUCACCUGCUGCACCGAUUGCUUCGAUUAAAGUCAGUGAUCAUUACAUUCAGCCAACUAGUGUUGUCACAGACCUUGGAGCCGUCACGCUUGAUUCACACCUCACCCUUGUUCCCCUUGUCAACAACACCUGUCGCGUUCGUUUCAUUCUAUUGGCAGAAUCAGAAAUUAUCUUUCGCAAGCGGAUACUGGGCGCAUUGUUCAUGCCUUCGUUUUAUCGAAAUUGGAUUAUUGUAAUGGUUUGCUCUAUGGAAUUCCCUCCAGUGAAAUUGAGAAACUUCAGAGAUUACAGAAUACCGCGGCAAGAUUAACUGUGUGCAUGAAGAGGACUGAUCACAUUACUCCUGUUUUAAAAAUUUUUGCACUGGCUUCCUGUUAAUGACAGAAUAAUUUUUAAGUUACUUUCGAUUACGUACAUAUCUUUUAAUGGCCUUGCCCCGGUGUAUAUUAAUGAACUGUUUCAUCAUUACACUCCCUGUCGCUCUCUUUCUUUCUAGAGAUUCCAACCUUCUAGUUAUCCUUAAGACUACCCCUAAGACUACUACAGUUACUAACGGAGAUAGAUCUUUUGAGGCAAGUGUUCCGAAGUUAUGGAAUCAGCUACCGCUUGCCAUUAGACAAAUUUACUGUUGAUAGUUUUAAAAAGGCGUUGGAAACGUACCUGUUUCAUGAGAGCUCUUUUUUUUAGUUGUAAAAAGCAUCGAGACAUUUAUAUGUAGAAUGCGGUUUUUAAGAACUCUAAUUAUUAUUAUUGAUUUAUCCAAAAUGUUCUACUGGACAAUUCGAUUAAGAGCUCGAGUUUCAAUCGCGUGAUUAUUUAUGGAAAUCGAGAACGAAUGGUUUAAUUGUUUUGGCAUAAAACUACUUGUCGUUCACAACUUAACAACAAGGAAGGCGCAUGUUUUUAUUGAUAGUCAAUGAUAGACUAUUUAGUUUACUCACUACCUAUCAAAGAAUAGAUAGUGAGUUGCGAAGCCAAUAAAUAAGCUAUCAGACUACUACGUCCCCCUUAUGCUUCCAGUGUUACUGCAAGAGUACAUCGGCUCACCUCCUGGCCUCGUCUGCAUCAUUUCAACGUCGUUCUUCACAAAAUGCACUGAGAAGAAACCAUAAAGUACCAAUUUGAAAUAACAUUCUGUUGCAACAAUUAUCUACACAUAUUCACUGUGGAUUGAAUUACGCUCUGUUCUAACGCGUAGAACCUUACUGCUGUAUAGGUCAGGGCGAGCAGUUGACUCCAAUACUUGAUUAGGAUAAAAGCAACGUGGGCGCUAUUGUGCUUGGAGCUGAUUUAGUUGGAACUAAAUUCUUAAUAUUCUGCCUGUCAUCCAGGUUAUUUAAAUUUUCCAAGUCAUCAACUCUUAUCCUCAUCUCGUAAAUUAACUUAGACAUGUAUUGACUGGGAUAACCACACCUCCUUUGAACAAGUGUUAGUACACACAAUAUCACGAAAAACGGUCAAUAAUAAUACAAUUCAUAGUGCAAAAGUUACAUUUGAAGUUUUAAUAAUCUAUUAUUCAUCUCAUCGUUUAUUAUAUUUAUUAUGUUACCAAAAGAGAAACGACGAGGGCAUUUUACUGGAGUCAUCUGGCCGGUUCUUCAGCGGUUACGACCCAAAUGUGAGAGCGACAACCUUAAACGCAUUUGCAGCAGCGGCUCUCAGGAUGGGUCACUCCUUGAUCCGACAGACGUUUGGACAGUUCAGUAAAGCAUUUGUACGACUGGGAGAGAUCAAUACCACAACAUUUUUCAAUCCUGACCCACUUUACACUUUAAGGAACAACGGUAUCGACGGAAUUUCUCUAGGGUUAAUAAAAGAACCAUCGCAGAAGUUUGAUAGGUAAGGAUUCAUAAUAAUGAUAAUACUAACGAUAAAGGAUAUCUAUGGCGCCAUAUCCUAUAGCUCAUGGAUCUUUACAACACUUUGCAAGGGACUUUGGCCAGAUUGCAUUAAAAAGUUUACAAUUCUUUGAAGGAAAUUUUUGUAGAUGCCCCAAAUUUCGGAACAAAGGCCAAACCACAACAACAGCAGUCACGUUCCCUUAAAAGAAAAUUGAUUGUCUUUGCUCUAAAUUCAGCUUCCAUAUCGUUGUCUUCGGGUCCUUCAACCAGCAUACGUUGUCUUGUCCAACAUAUAUCAGGAGAUCUUUAUCCAUCAAUCACACGACUUAAUAAUACUUCCCAUGGAGAAGGGAGUGGGAUCUAAAACUCAAGUUCGAUUACAGUACCUCACCUAUUGGUUCCAUUUCUUGCUCUAUAGGUUUUUCACUGUACUUUCCAAUUUAUUUUUUAACCUCCACUAAACCGAUACCUCAAAUCCAAACACCUCUUGGACUCAGUGAACGAAUCGUGGGGAUGUACCACGUCAGUUUAAACUCCUUAAACCAAAUUCCUUAUAAAACAGUUAUUGCUUUGUUUCCUCACGUAGGAACUUCGUGGAAGCAGUACGCGAAAGUCUCGUAAUAGAAGGACCAACCAUCGAGGGUUUUGUGGGAGACCUUAUGGCAAUCAACAUCCAACGUGGUCGUGACCACGCCCUACCACCUUACAUAGAAUUCAGACGAGCUUGUGACUUGGAUAAAAACUUAACCGGUGGCCUUGUCACAGAUUUUUCACAACUAACCAACAUUGACCCCGUGCAACUGGGUAAGAUUAAAGAGUCUUAUGACCAUCCUGCAGACAUAGACUUGUAUGUGGGAGGAGUCAGCGAGAGGCCACAGAAAGGGUCUAUAUUUGGGGAAACGUUCUCUUGUCUGAUUGCUCGAAGUUUCAAAAGAUACCGAUUUGGAGAUCGUUUCUGGUACGAAAGACGUGAUUCUUACACAGGAUUCACAAGCAGGCAACUGGACUCUAUCAGAAGAGGUAGUUCCCUUGCAAGAAUCAUCUGUGAUAAUUCAGAUACUGUGAAGGAACUUCAAAGGCGUGUAUUUGAAAGCAGCACAGUAAAGGUUCACUGUGAUGACAUUCCAUCCAUCAACUUGAACUUGUGGAGAGAGGGUAAGUGGCCGCAGGUUAUGCAUACCUCUUAAAAUAAUCCGUUUUAUUCAGGCAUUUAUCUCCUCCAAUCCGAGUUGAUGUGAAAUUUUAGAUGAAAAAAAAGUUCGCAGGUAACACUACCAAAUGCAUUCAGAUACGACACCCAGAUGCCUGUUAAGUGGUAAAUAUAACUCAUUUAGUAGCAAAUUUUUUUUCUCAAUAAGCGACAUUUAAACUUCGGCGUACCUUGAUGAACUAAUCUAUCUGCCAAAAAGUGGUCACCAUCCCGUUCGUAAGGUAAAGAUAAGUUAGAGUGUCUAUAAAUCGAAACUGAUGUAAUCACAGCGGCCAGCCAAUCAGAGCAUAGAAAUAUCACAAGGAGCCAAUGAAAAUUCAAAGAAGCGACAAAUAAACUUUUUCACGAUCGGAUUUAGUUUAGCAUCUGUUUCUUAGAGCGGGUCUGGAGAGAAUUUUUUGAGCCAAUAAAAGAGCGAAGUAAAGCUAAGCCAAUGCAAUAGCGCAUUACUUUCGACGCUACAUUGAUGAUUGUCUUAAGAGUGCAAAUUUUAGCCAAAAAAAGCACUCCCACUUGAGCAUAACACUUGUUUGUUUCGAAAUUCUCAGUGCACAGGGCCAUCUAACAUGUGCUGAAAUAAACUGGUUCGCAAACUGUUUCCACAAAGUUCCAAGAAGUUCGUUGAAAAAAAAAGAGAACUUCACAUAAUUAACGGUUGAACAGAUAUAAUACAAGAUGGAAAACAACACAAAUCAAGAUAGGAGAAGAAAAUUAAUCAUUCGUUCCCACUUGUUUUGUUUCCUUUCUCUAGAUCCGGGAAUGGAGGAUGAAAAUCCAUCAGCAGAAUGCGAAGCUUGCACUGAGUCCAUAAAAGAGGGCCAGGUGAUGGGGCCAGAUGACGCAAUGUCCACGGGGGCGGUCUCUGUUACAACUUAAAUCUUAGGGUCAUGUCUUUUCAUGGCGCAUUGAAACAAAUUUUCCUUGAGUGUGUUGAACCUUUUCAUUCCCUUUAGUCAACUAUUAAUAAUUUUAGCUAAAAAUAUCACCAUUACGCCACAGACAGGUGAUGAGACCAACGAAGAUAUCAGGUAAUAGUCUGGUUUAAGACUAAGUCGAGUCCUUACCAAUGACGGAAAGGGAAAUUUAAGGAGAAUUAGUAUUUAGAUCUAAGAAGUAAAAAGGCACAAUGAAAGAAGGUUUGAACAUUCGACGGCAAAGUUGGUUUUCGAGAUUUCCCAUUUAUUCCUUAUUCUUGUAAGUACGUUCAGACACUGGCAAAUUAUUGCAGAGUCUUCGAUAAUCAAUAAAAUAUUUUCAAAGUUAAUUUUAUCGAGGCACUGUGUGACUUAAGUCUAGUUAGGAAUUAAUGUUGAAGGCGAAAUGACCAGGGACACCUUGAGCGAUAGCGCUUCGAACUUUUCCUUAUUUUGCUACUGGAAUAAAGAUGUUUCUGACGGUUUCUUCAUUAUAGAAGCUCUCAGAUGAGCCACUUUUCAUCGACCUUUUCGACAACGGUUCCUUUUGUUGGGAAACUUCCCGUGGAUUGGGGGGCUAAAGAUGCAACUCAUUCGUCAAGAACACUGAUAAUUAAAUACAUUGUCUCAUUAUCUAAUUAAGUCUCAUUACGAACUAAAGCCACCCUUAAAUUGGCGUUCAACCAUUUGGCUAGAGUUUUCGUCUCCCGCGCGUUCGGGUAAAGAUGAAAUACAUUUGCCCAAAAGCAGGUUUUCUUCGUGACCAUUUAGAAAACAAAGUACGUCAAUGCAAAAGCAAAUAUUGCUCGCGUAUUGAUUUCGGGUGAGUCGUGAACUCACGUCAAUUGAUAUCUCAUGAGGUAUUUAAAAGGAAAACAGCUAAAUUUGGCAAAGUUCAGCUGACACCGAAAAAAUUUAUCAGCAUACGACGUCAAUAGUAUCUUUCGAUGUUAUGUGAAGGUGAACUUUGCUCGUAACGUAUAAUUUUGAAGCGAUGGUUUCAUUAUGUUUUGGAUAUUAACCAUGCAAAGACAAUACAGAUUACUUGACUGUUAAAACAAAAAAAUUGAAAGGUAGAAGGUAAACGGUUCACUGCCAAAUUGCGAGUACUUUUCGUGAACAAUGAUGUCGACGGCUUAAAAAGUUAGUGAAAUACUUGGUGGCUGUGCAGCAUGACGUGUAUCAAACUACUCACUGUUAACGUCUUUUGAAAGACCUUAAAUUUUCAACUUUGCGAAAUAAACAUUGUCCCAUUCACUUUCUCACCUUAGCCGUGUUACAGUGACUCUUCAGAUUUAUCGUAUUUCAUAUCACAUAUCGCAGGGAGGAAAAAUUGAAGAAAUUCGUAUGACUGAUGAGGGGAACAGGGGCCGGUUCAAAAUUUGCAUUUUGCAAAGAUUUAUCCAUAAUUGUUUGCGUAAUAUCAUAUGAAUACUUUCGUCAAAAUAGUUCAGAUUGUAACAGAUGGCAAGAUUGUGGAGUUUUUAAUUAGUAUUUCAACUUUACUGCAAGAAGUAAAUACUACGUUUGCUUCUAGGGAAACAUUUCUUUUCCAAAUACCGGUUUCUACAAGUAAGCUGAUUACAUUUCUUGAGUUUUUUUGUAGCAAAGGUUAAUUGCAAGAUAUUUUGUGCAUUUAUCCAAGAAUUGGUCCUAAAUGAAAUGAAGUCAGUAGCAGAAAUAGAUGUCAAACAAAUACAAGUAGACAAAGGUAUUCUUCGAUGACGAGAUUGUGAGUGCUGAUAAAUGCAGUAUUGCGUCCCUUUUUCCGAAACAAAACUAUGAGCAUCCAAAGAAUGCGAACACUUCAAUACUUUCUUUGGGCAAACGGCAUCAACAUUUGGCAGGUAAUCCCAUGACGCUAGCACCACAAGUAUUACUUUUCCAUUGAGUAGACCUGCCUCGUCACGCACCGGAAGCCAAAUAAAUUGAGCAAAAACUACCGCAUUCUUUAAAUACAACAGUGACUACAGUCUUUUAACGUUAAAAAUCCUAAAUUCUGGAUUUCUCUGUUAUUUAUUACAUAAUUGUCAGCAGGCAUUAAUGCGCAAUACGUAAGGAAGUUAGACCAUUUAUCGUAAACUACCACAGCAAACCUACCACCUAAAAGAUUCACAUCACUGAUUUGGCUUGGAUUCUAACUAAAAAGUGUCACUCUUUGAAGGCAAAGGUAUUAAUUUCAUUCUUUCUCACAGAUCAUUUUUUAAUUUAUCAUUAUUUUCCAAUUACUUACCAACGAUUUUUUAAUUUCUUGAAUGCCCUUAUGGCUAUUUCAACAGCCACUAACUGGUUGUUUGUCCACUUAUAGCUUCCCUUGGCUGUUCAUAAACUGUUACGUUCCAAAACAGGGAAUGCAAACAUAGUUUGAUGACACAAACCAUCGUGGUUGGUUUUUUAAAGAUAACGAGAAAUGAAUUUAUGUUUCCCCUGAAGAUAUCUGUUCUCUGUAUCAUCUACAACCUAUUAAUCGCAAAUGCGUAGUCGAUUCCUCUACUCUUGCACCUAUCUGGGACCAAGACUUUGUUUAGCCAGUGUUGUAUGUAAGUAAAUAUCAACCUGUACACUUCAUGCACUUUUUGAGAAAAGAGAUUAUAUCAGUUAACUACUAUUCAAGCCUGAGAAAUGCUUGUUUCAAAAGGUGAGUGGAAAAGUGUUGGUUAACGAUACAUGAAGAGUAGGCGAAACCUUCCCCUUUUCAAUGAACGUCAUAUAAUCAUGCCCAUCACCAGCCUAUAUAGCGAUUUUCGGUCAAAUUACCCAAAAGUGAUGCAGGAUUGUUUUAGUUCUACUUGACUUCGCUGUCUUGUUCAAAUGUGGGCUAAGAACCCAUUUCCAUAACUAAAGAAAUAUCUUAAACAUUUGCCACUGGCAUGAAACCAUAAAAAGUGUGAUUCCUUCCCACGGAUUCUAACCACACUUUGCUCCGAUCUCGCGGUGUCAUACUCUAUUAGCUGCGCCACCGGGAAUGGGAAAGAGUUGGCGUACUUGGCCUAAGAUUACGUUUGUAUGUUUACAGUUAUCAAAUUAAAGUACUAUUUGUUCUUUUCUUUAACCAGAAGUGUACAUGGAAGAUGAAGCUUAUGAUGUAAAGAUAUACAGACUAAUCAAGAACACGACUGCAUGAGACAUAUUCAAACUAAACCGAUUUUAAAGUUUCCAACUGUUUUUUCAGGACUUUAAAAGAGCUGCUUCGCAAAGAUGAUUAAGCGACAUUUUAUUCAGGACAAUGUUAUUCGACAUUGUUUCAAACAACUGCACUGAACAGUGCGUAAAUAUUCAAGACUAUUUGUAAUGGAGUAAAAUCUACCAUUUCUUUUCCGAACAGUGACGUACAUAAACCGAAGUAAGCAUUUGAAAGAAAAAUGAUGCAAAUAUAAGUCAAAAAUAAGGUAAAAUUAAAGGCAAAAGGCCAUAAAAUGUUGGGGAAAGAGGAGACAUCAAAAGAAAGAGACGUUGCGGAUCUUAAAUGCAGACGCGUCGAUAAAGUUUACUCAUCAUUAAUAAAAAUACUGAAGACAGCAAAAAGGUAACAUGUUUUGCAUUAUAAAUCGUCCCAGGAUUGGUUCGCUUUUUUUUAACGCUAACAUUUGCUGAAGCUAAAUAAACAAAUACAGGAAAACGUACGCGAAACUUAGGCUGGGUGAUCAAAUGAAUUGUUUUUUUUAUCACUUGAACCCUUCCCUGCAAGCUUCCCAUCAGUAAUUAACGGGAGUGCAUGAGAAAAACCUAACAGCCGUACUCUGAACGUUGAUCUAUGGCUAGAUUGUUUCUUUAUGUUACUGCAAAGACAUAAGAUGACUGUUUUAAGACUAUUUAAUUCAGUAUCAAAGGUAUAAAAUCACUAAAAAGGUCCACUUUUUUCAAGCUGGAGGGUUUGGCUUACAAAUACACGAACAACACUACAAAUCAUCAUCGAUAGACUUGAGUGUCUAAGAUCAACCAGAAAAUUCCAAACAGUGGGAAAGCAAUAUCACCCUCUUCGUUUUGCUCAACGGUUAUCAGAAAUGCAAUAUUUCCUUUCAGUGCAUCGUUUAACUUCAAGGGCCUUGACACUAAGGCAAUCUAUUUCUUACGGAGUAUCAAUGUUAAAUUUGCUUUGAAUUCGAGCGGAAGUGGUCACAAAAAUUAUUCUAAAAAAGCUUUAGGUCUCAAUUUAAAUCGUUUUAAGUUUUCGAAACAAGUUUGGGCCAAAGCUUUCGACUAUAAGCGACAAAUAAGAUUUGGUUUAAUUAAACGGAGGAGUGGAAUUUCGGAGGUUUACUCCACUGAGUAUAACUGAAUAUGUUAAAAGUUAUCCCGUUACAAUAUCCGGCCUUGGAACAGUUUCAAAAAACCCAAAUAUACUUUGCGUGGUUAUGUUCUGACACAUCUGACCGCUUAAGGUACAAUAUUGUUAACUCGUUAUUUUUAGCUUUGAUGAAAGCACGACUGAACAGAUCACACAUUUUGAACGCCAUGAAGACAACGAUCUAGAUGAAGAGGCAUCUUCGUGUAUGUCUACUAUUGUCUAGGCAUCCUCACAUGCUUGUAAACCUGUUACGAAAAUGUUUUGAAAAGCAUCCUUGGUGAGAGGGAAAGAGUGAUCUUUUUUAAGUUAUCAGGAACUAAUCAGACGGUAGAAAAGGUCCGAUAAACACUGAUUGUCAGUCAUACAUUCAGCAUCUAAAACUAAAUACUGCUUAAAUACUGAUGUAUGACUGAGAACUAAUCCAUUGAGGCGGCAGCUAACCAUUCCGAAACAUAAAAAGCGAAAAGACGACCCGUUAUUAUUCAAACUCAUAAUCAUUGUCUGAUGAAGGCCAGUACUAUAGAUAGUUGAACUCUACAAUAAAUGGUGACUGCAAACUGUGAUACCGACAGUUCAUUGCUCAUUAUCAUUCACAACUACAAUUAACAAACACAUAUUUUACACAAUCUAAUUUCUAUGGGACUAAAAAAAAUCAGCUCUACAUGAAAUCGUUAAUUUUGUGCGCCUCACUAUUCACGACAAUCGGUUUUCUAAGGAAUGUUUGUAAUUCUGUCCACAAGCAAGCCCUUCUUAACUCCAUAUUUGUAUCGUUGUUAUCAUAUGACUUCCUUUCGUUAACUUUUCUUUUUCAGUUCCAUUUGAUCCACAACUCUCAAAAGAAAACAAGCAUAAUCUAUUUGAGGUAGCUUAAAUGCUUUCUUUACAUUUUUCACCACCAAUACUUUGUUGGAAAGAUGCCCCCAGUUCCUUAUUAUACCCUGUUGUUUCUUCAAGAAGUCGUGGCCAGUUUUUGACCUAUAAAGUUAUCAUGAAAAGAAACACCCUUAAUUUUGGCCGUAUGUGCCUGCAACUCACAGACGGGUUCGCCAACCCCAUUUUUCAUAUUUCUCUUGGGUUGGAAGAGGUUUGAAAAAGACUGCAAGUUCAGAGCUACCCGAACUCCUCGAGAAACUAUUGUAAUGUAAAGCAGUCUAAGAAAAGUAGGUACAACCGGAACAAUACGAGCUCCAUCAACCAUUAGGAUGCAUUCCAAGUCAAUACGAGAUUCUUUUUGUUAGUUUUAUUCCAAAUAUCUUCAUAUGUUGGAUUAAUUGGUUUUCUGAAACACAAUACAAACUCGCGUAUUUUCACAUUAUUUUUCUCAAGGGAAAAAUAUAAAAGUUAAUACAACAAUUCUAAUAAAAUAUCGAGUGAAAUAUGCAGUGGGUGGUGUUUGAAAAGAAACCAUAGGAACUGAAUAACAUGGAGGUCAAAACAUUGGAGACGAAUUGCUUCACUACAAGGUUGCCUGUUUCCCAUAUGUCAAAAAAAAACUUAAUUGGUUUGUAACUUUAGACCCAAUUAGAUUUUGACAAAGGAGAAAAAACACGCAUUACCAAUUAAUUCAAAGCAAUUUUCUAAUAACAUCGAGGGAAGAGCAAGUUACGAUCUGAUUACAAUAUUGCUUAUUGCUCUUGCACAAUCACGUAUUGCCCUCAAACGGAUAUUUGAACAGUUGCAUGACCACAAAAGUUUACAAAGCCUGGCAAGGAAGUCAGAAUGGUGGUUUUCUUUAAUUAAAAGAGAAAAAUCACACCAUUUAAUUUAAAAAACGACAACUAAAGACAUAAAUAGUGAGCUAAGUCAGUCUUGAUUGAUCAGAAAAAGUGCUGAACAACGUCAACGUAGACGGGAAACAUACAAUACAGAGAGAACCUAUAUCGUUUUUUUUUGCGAUAAUGUAUCUUAACAUACAUUUUCACCUGCAUGUUGAAGAAAAAUCUGAAGUUAUUUAAUCUGAAAAUUAGCUAGUAUAUCUCAAACGACACACACGUUUAAGAAAACUGAUUGAUCUGGCCAAUGUUACCAUUUGUUAACCAAAAGUGAAAUAUUACUGGACUUUCAGUAUGGCGACAAAAGAAUUUUUCUUGGGGCUUCCAAUUUGUUACAAGUAAGACAGAAUUCAGGAUAAUUCACAAAUGAAAUUGAUUCAACUUGAUUCAACUGAAAUGCUUACCUUGGCACUCGAUCAAGCAACGCGUUCGAUGAAACUUUUAGUCUAGUUUAUAGGGAGUACACGAGCUACUCAGAAGUUUUUUCCCACACAGGUUUGCUGACACUGGAUGAGACAAAACGUUGCUAAACAACUCUUUUUCAAAGCAAAAAAUAAACACUAGUUCUCUUGAAACAUUUUAUCUACCGCAAACGAUAUUACGUCGAAAAAACCGUCACAAAAAUUGACGAAGAUAACCACCGUGUGGGCGUAAAUAGUGCGUUUCUUCGCUCUUCUCUAUAACGCAGCGCAGCUAACGUGUUUUUUCUUGGAUUGGAAUGAGCAAAAGUAAUCAGUGAAUCACCACCUUCUGAGCGGACAAGUCUGAUGGUAUCUAACUAACUACGUUACAACCCCAAAGUACGUACUUCAGCGAUUUCAUCUCCACUUUUGAUACCCACCAAUAAAUUUUAGACAGUACGCAAACAAAUUUGUGAAUUGACGUAAACUAUUACCAUCAUAAAGUGCACAUGAAUAGAAGUCUUUCCAAAAAGCCAAUUUAAACUUCCUGAGGGGCGUAUCGCACUAAAAGGUCUUUUAGCCGCAGACUUCCGACAUACCCAGUUUUUUAACGGAAUGGUGGCCAGUCGCGAGACACAUUCUGACGUCACGAGCGACCACAUGCUUAAACCUUAUUGCUGUUUCUCGAAUUUAACUCCAAAGCUUAACUCUACGAGUAUCUUCCAUACCAUCGAAACAUUCUAAACGUACAAACAAUGAUGUUGCUGAGCUUGAAAGAGUGUUGGAGUGCUUCUAGCCAUUGGAUGUUAAGCAAGGAAGGUAAAACUUUAUUGCAACAGUUUAUAAUAGUAAAUGAAUCAACAAUAUAAGGUUAGCAUCGACUGUGCUUUGUGCUGUGCUUCGAGCAGAGUUUAUUUGGAACUAAUCGCCCACGGACAUACUUUUUUUUUCCAGUCGGCUUCAUCGUUCCUAUGCAUUUCAGUUUUCAAAAGUUUUAAUCUAUGAAGGAUUUAGUUGGAGAAGGAAUUGAUAGGGUAAUAGGAUGAAGAGAAGAUUCAGGUAUCGAUUGGCGAGAAAAGACUUUCAAAACUCUGUGAAAAUCAAUCAUUCUUUCAGUGAAUGAUCUAAUCCUUACCCUGUGGCCAAAAAGCCACAUGGUAAGGUUUAUUAUCUGUUAUUCCAUAGCCAUUGAAUCACAGAAUUCGUUUAGGUGGAACAGGGCGAUUCAUUUAUAGUUUAAAAGAUAAUCGAAUGAGUGUUGAGGGAUAAAACUCUGGCCAUACAUGCUUAGAGUCACCCAGACGUAAGGAGAUUUUCCAAGAUGAACUAUAUUGUUAAAUGAAGGUAGAAGCAAACGCUUUGCUAUCCGUUGAAAACUAGAUGUGUGUACCAUAUAUACGAUAAAUCACCUGCAAUUGCGAUAACUGCGAAAAAGCCAUCGGAAUGAUAUUUGUUGGCUCGCUACAAGUAUGUGUGUUCAGUCAAGAAAAGUUCACCUUUAGAUCACAUUUGCGCUGGAGUCAUUUGGAGGUGAUCCUCAACUAUCAUUUAAUAUUACUGAGAGUAACGUCAGGGUUCGUUUUUGGGAAAGCUUAAGGAGCGAUUAGGUAAAGCGUCACAAUUAUGCUCUGCUUAAAUUUGCAGAAUUGAAGUCUGUGAGUUUUGUUUAUAAUGCUCUACUUAAAUUUUGUUAGGAAGGUAUAACUUCAUGCUCGCAACACGUUAAAGAGUAACCCUAGUUGCAGGAAACUUUUUUGUCUUCCUUUGACAGUACAAAGUCUGUUACAGUUCAACGUACAUUAAAUUUUAUCGAGUACAUUUAGCCUUCGUAUUCCAUUUUUUAUUUCAAUAUUGCUUCUUUGAAGGCCACUGAGAAGACUCAAACAAAUCUUUAGUCGACAGAUCACACACGAAAUAAUAAUAACAGUUUGGUUUGUGUUAUUGAUACCUCGAAUUUUUCGGUUAAAAGGCCCACUUGUUAAAUGUCGCAAAACUAGAACCACAAUGACUACUACUUUGGCCAGGGAAUUCGGUGAGACUGAAUUUUAGCGCAUUACUAAAUGACCAUAUAGCAAAUUAUAGAAAGUUUUCUUGGGCAAUGGAGGAGAUUACAAGUCAUUCUUACUUUGCUCAGUUUAUCGAAGUUUUGAUAAUUAUACGUGUUUCUUAAUAAUUCAAUAAAAGCCUGCCACAGGUCCCUUGUGAUCUUAAAGGACACAUGCAACCUCUUCGUGUCUGAUGUUAUUGCAAUUUUGGAAGCGAUAUUUUUCCAGGGAUUACAAUCAUUUAAUUCUCCGUGAAUUCGAGAAGAAAUUUGCAUCCAUUUUUGACCUUUGAAAAGUGCAUGUGGAAAACUUGCUUCCUCUUAUUUCUGUACGAAACUGUGCCAAAAAACUUUCACUCACUUGUGUUGUUCGAUGGCCAUUUGACAUAUUUUCAUGCAAGGAAUUAUCAAAAAUAUGAGUAAUAGAAAAUCUCAAUCGAAUGAGCUUGAAAGAGAAUUAUAUCCAAGCGUGGUAUUUAAGUGUAAGCCUAUGGUCCAGGCAUUUUCGCGCAGGGUGAAAUAACUACCGAUUCCAAACUCACCAACAUUCUGUUACCAGAAUAUCAAAAACACGACUCUCUUCGCUUUACGACCGUGAAGGCAAAUUUUCACUUCAAAUGGAGCUAAAUUGAUCGUAGUGAAUCAAAACAUCAUAAAUCUCCAUCAGCAAUGAAAAGUGACUGAGCCACUCAAACGUCUCGCUUGUCCACAAAACUUUUUUCUGAGACUUCAGUUACGUGUUCCAUUUCCUUCUACCAUAUAAGGUGCUAUCUAUUUUAAAAGUUUUACUUAAAAAUCUCUAGGAUGAGACAAGAAACUCUCCGACUAAAUUUACCUCACAUUGAUCAUUUUUUAAGAGGGUUUCAUUGUUCUCAUUCUUAAAAUCUCAGCGAAGAACGGUAAUGAUGAAAGAGGAUGAAGAGGGUCUGGGAAACCUCCAGAUGGGCUAAGAGCUCGGCCAGAAUCUAAUUUUUGGCCACUCAACAUCAAAGAGGCUCACUGACAUAAGUUUAAAAGCUUUGAACGCGUUUUCCAAAUUCACUGAGCUGUGGUGUGAUCAAAUUCGUAAACUAAGAAGGGCGAGGGUCGACCCGCUCAGCGUUAACAACAUCUUUACCAAAAAUCGCAUGCUCAUAGAAAAUUCACGGACUUAACAUAUGAAAAUACAAUCUUGUUCGGUGUUAACUAGUCCAAAUCAAGAAACAAAUGCAUGCAAGUAAACUCUGUAAACAUAUGUAAACAAAACAUUUCCAACUCUAUUCAACUGAAGACUACGUAUGGCACUGAAUUAAAUCUCUAACACCCUCAGAAAGAUCGCCAUAUUUGGGGUGGCGACAUCGAAGGGUGGUGCCACUGGACACGUCGGGACGCGCGGCGAAUGGUGGGUGAACAAAACGACGGGAUGCGUGGCGCCAAACGCGAUUUUAAGAGCGUCAAUAUGUAUUUUUAUGGAAAAGCAACGUCGCAUCCACGCUUCGCACUAUUACUACUUAGUCAAACGCACACCUCACGGGGCGUGUUUUAUUCAAGACGUCAAGAUAACUUACAGUGGCCCCUAUUGUAUACGAGAUGCUAAGAAAUGUCUUAUAAUGGUCCGCCAGUUACAAUGCAUGAUUGUUUCCUAAACGACCUAGCACAAAUUUAGUCCAAUAUAAACGGCCUGAAAUCACGCUCAAAAUGUUCAAAACACGUGUCCUGUAUUGACACCUCUUUUUCUGGCACUUUGCAAUCACGGCGUCCACUAUAACAAAAUACUGGCUAAUAUUUAUAACAAACAACUUAUCUACAGUUGCGGAAACUUAAGUUAGAAAGCGCUCGCGAUUGUGUCCUUAACAAAGUAAAUCCUUGAUCUUGAGGGUCAAGCUUUUUUUCUAGGGCAUUAUAUAGUCUUUUUUGUCCUGUUUGUGGCAGUUAUAGUAAAGAUUAAAACGCAAAUCUUAUAGAUUCUACGAAAAAGCAGUUUACUUCAGUAUUGGCAUGGGAACCUUGGGCAAAAAUGCGAAAGAGGAAGGUCUUAAGAAUUUUCCAUCCACGUUGGUCGCUAAGAGAAAAAUGCUUAAUUCGUUUAUCAUGGUAAAAAAAUCUUAAAAUAUCUUGCGUAAAGUUUUAUGUUGACGAAAAAACCAGACUGGUCAAAAUAAGAAGGACUGUAAAUCAAAUUAUUAUGUCCAAUUUGCAAGAUAUUUGGUAUUCCACUUAGCAGCCACUAACGAACAAUAAAUGUAAAUAAAAAGGUCGGGCAAGUACACGUUUAUCAUCAUGUUUCAAUCACAAGCAUCAAAGUUUGAGUUUUUACCAAAAAAAAUAGCCUGUAAAUAAACAUCGUCUCUUCUAAUUCUUCGUUACGCGCAUCAGAUGCCGAACCAAUCCUCUCAUGUGGUUUUUUUUGUUUUUUUACGAGUCACUUUAAAACAAUCGAAUCAAACAUCGAAUGUUAUUGAUUCUGAAAUCAAUAUUUCCUGGAUCUUCCAAAAAUACAUUUGUUUUGAAAACAAAACAUGCAUUGUGCAAGUUUCAGAGGCAUGGUAGGAAGUUAAGUUAACAACUGGACUUGUCUACUAUAAUCGUACCACACUACCCUUAAAAAUAUUGCGAAUUUUCAUCUUUCCUUCAUGAGCACGUACGAGUAGUUAAGCGAUUUCAACGGUGCAUACAAGCAGUCUUCUACGUAACAAUUCAUGAAAUCACAAUGUAUCGUAACAAAUAUCGAACUGGGAUUGUGCUCUUUAAAAGAUGUAGGACCUCAUAUUCGUUUUUCCCAGUUAGGAAAACGCAAGUUAAAUAAAGUUGCUUCAGUUUUCGUUUUAAUAUUUAGUGCUUAAGCCGUACGGACUUUUAUAUGUGCAACGGAGCAUGGGGGAAAUAUCACUUCGCUGAUAUUGUUCAAUAUUUGAAAUAAUUUAUCAUAAUAUAAUAAAUUAUUUCUAAUAUUGAACAAUAUCAGCGAAGUGAACAAUAUUAUCGUUCGUUGUCAGGAAUAAGCAUGAGCUUAUGUGAGCUUGAUCUUGCUCUACUUGGCAAUACCAUCAAGCUUUCUUAGCGAAGGUAACGUGUUAAUCUUGAGUCUAGGUAGCCGAAAACGGCUUCUUUCUCACUUUUCUUUCCACCUCGGUAUAAUACAAGAAACUUAAGCCCACUUUUAUCAUAGUGAGGUUUUUUAUAUAUGAAAUGAGUUGAAAAAAAAAAAAAACCUUCCUAGGUGCCAAUGGUGGGUUGAAAAAACUUAUAAUAAUUUUUGACACUUGUUCGAGAGUUAGAUAAGCAAUAGUUAAUACUAUGUUUCAUAAAUGUUCCUGAAGUAGUUCUCAAACAUUUUUACGUUUAUGUGAGGUCAAACUGAAAUAUUUGUCAAUUUUGUUCUGUCUUUUUUUUCUACAAAGGUGUAACUUAACAAAAAAGCGAAGAGGAAACUCAACAUGAUGGCAUUAAUGAGGUAUGUAAGUGUUUGUUGUUGGCGAUAUCAUUUUGGCCUGUGCCUUAGAGUUUUGUGUCAAGAAUUUAGGCCAUGGGCGCAGUUUGUUACGUUUUCCGAGGACUUUCAAGUAACAGAGAAUGCUGACGUUGCAAUCAAAAACACAGUGACACCUUAAAAGCUUUCUUGCAUGGAUUUUUACUUGUGCAAGGAGUGUUAUUCGAAAGAAUUCCGUAACAUCUAAGAAGACACGAGAAAUUAUGUCUUUUCUAUACCUGUACCAAGGCAUUCUUUUUCAGCAUUAAAAUACAACUAACUCGAAAAAAGAACCGGCCCAACGAACAACUAGGAAAAGGACAAAAGACCAUUGAGGCACGAAAAUUAGAGAAGCAAAACGAGUGGAAGUAGAGUAAAAAACAAAAGAUCAAAAGGGUGAAAUAGUAAGAUAACAAAGAAAGGUAACAGGGACGCACGGACCGAAAGGACGAAAAAAAAAAACGGAAGAACUAAUCAGCGAAAUAGAAGAGUAACAAACAGAAAGAGCAGAAGAACAAAAACAAAUGCAAAAGAUAAAGAGUCGACUAAGCUCCUUACCGGCCCUUUGCAACAAUGAAUUGGCCUCAAAUAAACAUAACACCGAGUUGUGCGUUUCCUCUUUACCCCCUCGACACAUUCAUCAAAGACAAAAAGAAAAAAACAAAUAACGAACUAUAUAGUGGUUGGAGACUAAAUUGAAUGAAUCACGGAAAAACAACGCAAGCGUUGCCGAAGGCACUCAAAAAUUCAAAUACUGCAUGGAGUGUCACCUUUCAAUUUUCUAGCCGAGUUCUCUAAAAGAAGUAGCAAUGAUUUUUGAAGUAAAAUCUACAAUAGUGCCAAAAGUUACCGUAUUAUUCAUUAUACUAUCGCAAAAAAUCGUUAAUCGUUGUGAACACACUUGCAGCGAAGUAGAAUAGUUUGUCUCACGGUGUGGUCAGCUCCGACGAGGAUGAUACUUCAUCUCAAUAUUAUUUAUUGUCUAAAUGGCGACGUGAAUAAAUCAUAAACAGCUUUCAAGAGAAAGACGAUGCAAAUAUAAGUUUUUGUUGAAGCAAAAUUACCACUUUAAGGUCAUAAAUUGUUAGGAAAUGAGGGGGAAAUCAUUAGCGCAUAAACGUAAACGCGCAAGCCAAUGACUUUCCAGAAUUUCCCAUGGACUUUAAAUGGUGAAGCUAUAUACAACGUAUGAGAACAAGAGCUACCGUGACCUCAAAUCGUAGAUUGGGUCUAUCUGGUGCUGUGAGCUCUCUGCUUCUCCCACGAAUCUCUCCAGUUAAUGUCAGAUGGUGGGUGGAACCGAAAAGACAAGGCGGAUGAUGAGGUCUCAUUCGCGGAUGUACGUAUGUAAAGUCUGAGUAAUGUAUAAAUUAAGACGCGUGACCUCCGUAGUUUGUUGAUAAUCUUGUCGGAAUGAAAGCCGUUGAAGUGAAAGACACCGAAGAAAACCCCUUGUAUCUGCAAUUAACUCAAGUUCUAAGCCUUCUUCAUAGCCGCUCAAGUGCUUUUUACCGAGCAAACUAAAUAACUAGCUUUACAUUUCAUCAAACAGAUGAAUAAAGGGGUAGGUUUCUGAAAAAAAAAGUAAAUAAAUAAAACUGUGGUGCUGCGUAGGUAGGGGUAUUGCGAGAUAAUUGAUUUUGACGAAGGGCUUGCACUCGAAACAUCAGCUUUAGAAACUCUUCACGAUGGUCAAAUUACAUUAUCGACUCAGUCAAUAAAAUCAAAUUAUUUCUAUAAAUAGGCGGUUUAGAGAAGCGGAAAUGUGAGAGACUUUCCUGUCUGCCAUCGAGACAUUAUGACUAAACCACCGCCAUAAAAAGCGUUUGCCGCAUAAAAAAAGAGAUUUAAGUUUUUUAUUUUGAGUUAAUUAUGUUGAUAUUUCUUUUCAAUCACAAAUAACUUUUUAGAUCUCAUUUUUCCUUUUUUUUUUCUAUUUCUCAAGACUCAUCCAAGAAAGAAGUCUGGUUUUCCAGACUUACGGAGAAGUUAAAAAUAAGAGUAAUUUUUGUUUAUUAAGACGUGCCUAUGAUUAGCCAAGAGUACUUAUUUUGAACAAAAGGCUUUCUCUAGCUAACUUUUUGGGAGUUAUGUCUUGAAUAUAAAUGGUGCACAUUGUCUUAAAAAUAAACCUCGUAUUGAGUCGAUGGGAAAGUCAGGCGAGAGUUAAAAACCAUUUAAGAAAAAAAACCAUUUAAAUAAUGCAAGUGGUCUAAAAUAUUUAAGCGAUUGUGCUCAUCCUAACGUAAUUAUACAUAGAAAAAUUUUGAAUUUGCACUAAUUUAAAAAACUUGACACAGGUCUCUGCUAUGUUUUAUCUUGCUGAUGGUAAUGUGGAAGAUCCCUUUAUCUGUUGGAAAUUUGUUCACGCGUGAUGUCCUCCAAUCGAUACUAACAGAAAAGUGUGAGCCAGUGCCCUUGGCCGUUCAGUUAAUCUGCUUCAGACGUCGUUACCGAACUUAUGACGGCUCGUGCAAUAACUUGUGCAACAUUACAAAAGGCAGUGCCCUCAGACCGUUUGCCCGCCUUUUAUCGCCAGCUUACGAAGACGGCACGUAUGCACCUCGAACACUCGGAUCGAACAACGAGUCACUUCCGAACGCAAGGAACAUCAGCACGAUUGUGUUCGUCAGCUCGACAGGCAACGACGACAACAUGACACCGAAUUUCACUCACGUAACAAUGACGUGGGGCCAGUUUUUAGAUCAUGACAUCACUUUAACCCAAGAAAACAACACAGCUGAUUGUGGAAAUAACAGCCUCCCUUGCAGGGGACACGACGAGGGAUGCAUCGGCAUAGACAUACUUAAGGGGAAUGAAUUGAAAGAUAACCGAAGUGCAGUUUGCAUUCCACUGCGUCGGUCAGCCAUACAAGACGGCGAACAGGUUAGUGAUGGACAAACUCGAGUCUCAUUUCAUUGCAUUUGAAAGUUUAAAAUACGUACCACUUUAAAAAGGUCGGUCUAGAGGGUGGUUCCCCAACAGCAAUAAACAAAAUAAUUCUUGUUUCCUAAUACUAUCAAACAUGUUAAGCUCUGACAAUAAUUAAACAUAAUGAGAUAAAAUGAAAAGAAAAAUCGGCUCAAAAGGCUGAAACAGUGAAAGAAACAUGGGCCAUCAAUCUCAUAUCGAGAAGUAAAUUGCCCUUUGCUACUCUCUUGAUUACAUUCUUGUGUUUAUUGUUUUUUUUUGUUGAUAAUCAUGGCAUGUUAGUUCAUUUGUAAACAAUAUUAUACUUAACAAGAAUAAGUUUAUUUUCUUGUCAGCUAAAUUCAUGGACUUUUAGCAAAAUUACUAAAUUUCACAAAUAAAUAUAUAUAGCUUAAGGAUAAGAACAUACCUAAUCUUCCUCUGUGAUAAAGAUCAUCAUCUAAGAAGACCAAGCAUUAUGUUGUCCAUUAUGUUGCCUGAACUUGGACUGACCCAGUGUGAGUUCGUUCAGAUUCCAUGAGCAUGCAUCUGCUGAAUGACAGCUGAGGUUCAGACUACAAGUAACUCACCAAAGUCUGAUUAAGAUGAAAGAAGUAAAUUCUGACUUGAUCAUGAGAAAAUUGUUUUUAUGUUAGAUUUUUGGACUAAAGCUCAAGUAUAGGGUUGCAAGUAGUAACUACAUGUACCCAAUGAUCUCCAAGUUUUUUUUCUCACUGUUACAGUUGUUAACACUGCUGCUAAAGUUCUUUGCCAAAGUUGCAUUUUUAUGCAAACAUUGAUUUCACUCUCUUGUCAAAAUUGUCAAGUGCUGAGCUUUAAUUUUCACCCACUAAUGAAAAACUCCAUGCAUAAAAUUGUAAAGACUAAAUUCCUUUGGAUGCCCAUUACUUUAUAGUCCCUGUUUUCAACUAAAUUCAGUUAACUUUAUUUCACAUUACAUCUCAUUAUAAUAUUAAACAAUUGUACACCACAGUCCAGUUGCAAUUUCUGUAUUUAUUGUUUUCUGGAACAUUUGCCUCAUUUGUCAAAACAGUUCCUCAUCUGUAAUUCAAGUGGAAAAAGGAGCGGUUCUGUUUCUCCUUGGUUUCUCAGUGGAAGGCAAACAACAAUAGAUCCUGAUCAACACUGAGCUAGCCAAGCAGAAACAUUUAAAAGCCAGUCAUAAAUUUAUUUGUGUGAUGCAUUAUCAUCACUAUCUGAAGCGUUUUAGAGGCAGCAUGAAGAUAUUUAAAGUCUUGGGUCCAGUUGUUUAACCCUUUAACUCCCAGAUCAAAUUUGUCAUUCUCCUUACUGUCAACCACACAAUUCUUAUAAUGUUAGUUCAGAGAAUUUAGCAUUGGAUCAACUAAUUACCCCUAAAUUGAUAAUUUCUUUAUUCUCAUCACUUAUCUGGUUGAUAUUGCAUUGAUAUUGUAAGGAGAAAUUCUGUCUUGGUCACUCAUAGGAGUUAAGAGGUUAAAGGGUUAAAGGGCAGAUAGCGCUAUCCUACGGAUAAAUCGUUAUCCAGCGGUUAAGUGUCAAGGAAAAGUACUCCGCUAUCCACCAGAUAGAGAUUUAUCCAGUGGAUAGCGUUAUUAAUAUUCACCCUUCGAACAACCGGGACCUUUACCUUGUAGAUGCAAGAUCAUGUUAAGUUUCUCCAUGAAUAGUAGUACAAUUUUCUACCAGAAAAUCCCCGACUUCGUAAAUUCCAAUGUUAAAACAAACUUACCUUGAUCUCGUGUGUUCUUCCUUUACGUCCCUUUGCUCACUAACUGCGAUAUUUGCGUGGGCGCCACAUAGCUAGCAAAAACACUUCCAAGUUUCCCCCUCUUGACUAUACGACUUUUAACAGAUCAGGAUCCCUUAACUACAGGGCCACAUUUAAGACCUCAGUUGUAUGAUAAUAAGGAAAUUCUGCACUUUUCCAUUUGUCUGUUUUGGGUCCCAUAUCGAAAUUUACGAAACAAAAAACAACAACUUCAACUCGCAACUUGUAGCCAACUCAGUGAGACCAUGCAAGAAGUUCUUUCACGGGCUUACUGCAAAGACAUUUUCGUCGAAAGGAUCUCUUCCUCGGCGUCUUUCGAAUGCUUUGUCCACAACUGAAUUUUACUGUGGUUACAUAAUCCCGCCGACCGCCAUUUUGAAUGUAGCGGUUUGGUGGAAGACCGCUGGAUACAUUAUUGUGGCGCAUAAGUAGAAACUAGACACAUAGAAGGCUGGUUUCGCACAUUCUAUUAAAUUUUAUUUUUAAUUUUUGCCUGCCUUUUUGGGGUACCUCUUUUUAACAAAAUUUUUUCAUUAAAGUAAAAUACUGUUCUAACAAUUAGCUGUAAUUCAUACUUUCUAUUUGUAAACACUAAGGGCAACAGCUGAUAUUAGAGAAAACGAGCCAAUGUUGUCACAUUUAUCCAAAUUUCAAUAAUCUUAUCUUUUAAAUAUAUUCAGGUAAAUUUGGUGUCAGCGUUCAUUGAUGGAUCCCAGAUAUAUGGAGCAAACAGAAGAGAAGCUGAUCUCCUUCGUGACCGCACAGCUAACCUUGGUCUUCUUCGAGUCGCUUCAUUCCCAUUGAGCUCCGCCAAAUCUCCUCUCCUGCCAAAAGCCGAGGCGCAGACAUUCUGUAGGUCUCAUAAUCCUACGAAAAAGCCUUGUUUCUUGGCUGGCGACCAUGCUAGAGUAAAUGAAAACCCAGGUAACGUAAAUUUCCUUCUUAACGAAUAUCGCUUUUCUAGUUGGCGGGCAUUGGUACUACACGUUUUACGAGGUGUGUUCAUAUUUCCUCUUGCAUUAGAAUAUCCCUGUAAAUGAUUGUUUGAAUGAUAGAUGAAGAAAAAUGUUCACAUUUAUAGCUUGCAAAGGGGGGGGGGGUUUGGGUAAUCAAAUGGUUUUCAGGAGAACAGAGGAGGGGAAUCAGUCACCACAAACAGAGUGUAACUGGGGACUGUAGAAAAGAGACUGCCAAGAGGCUGGGAUAAUAAAGAUAUAACAGAGCCUUGAGGGGGAAUUAAGUUAAUUUUAUCGUGACACAAUAAAAUUCCUCCGACCCCACUCAGGUGAUAAAUAAUGAACUGUUCCUAAGCUGAACAGAUUACUUGCUGUCCCCAAAAAAACACGACAUUGUUGGGAAAGCCUAUUCUUUGUCAUCAAUGUUAACUUUUCUUUCUGUGCCUUUCCAAUAUUUACUUUAAAAAAUGGCAAAUCUCCAUGAAUUGUUUACAGCAUUGGUGGCCAUGCACACAAUAUGGGCUCGCGAACACAAUCGUAUCGCAAACUAUCUUCAUGUUCUUAAUCCAUCAUGGCAAGAUGAGAGGCUAUUCCAAGAGGCUCGAAAAAUUGUGAUCGCUAAGUUACAGCACAUAACAUAUAACGAAUGGCUCCCUAUCUUUUUCAAUGAAGAUCUGGUAAGUAUCUAAAUGACAUCGUUACCUUCGAAAAACAUAUCUAUAGCUUUCUGCUGUUCUUCUUAAAAUGUCCCUAUCCCAAAAGUCGCGCAAACUUGCCUUGAAAACCUCGUCGUAGAUCGCUGUUGUCUGAAAAUUUGACCAGGGAAGCAUUCUCUUCACCACUUUGUUCAUUAGUUUGAAAAUAAAUUACCAACUCUAGCCAAUCAGAAUUCAAGAAAGAAUCGGCAAAAGGGGUUAACCAAUAAAAAGUUAUUAUAUAUUUUCCUACAAGAGAGUGACGUCAAAAAACACGAUUUUCGUAGACGUUCCCUCGCUUCCAUUUCACCUUGGAGGGGGAGGGUACGGCUAGGUUGUGCAAGGUCAUCCUCGCCAUUUUAAACUUUACGAACACUUUAUCUCCCCGAAGCGAUGUAAAUUCUCCGUGAAACUUCUCCCCAUAAUAUCAUUUACUUUAUUCUUGACAAAUUAAACUUGUAAUGAGAAUGCUUAACUGAACUUAUCAGGUAAAAGUUGUUAUCUAAAUCUAACACCAAAUUCUCGUGACUAAUUUACAAGGAAAUGUGUGGAAGCAAGUGGGGAGAAUUAAUAAUCAUAUCUUGGGAGUAAAAGAAUAACACAUCUUUUCUUAACUGUACCUUAUGUACCCUAUCUCUGUCUCUAUUUCAGCGAAGACGUGCAAACAUCUUACUAGAACCAAAAGACACUUUUUUUAGUGGUUAUAACUCGCAAGUUAACCCAGAAAUAACGAACGCCUUUGCUACGGCAGCUUUGAGAGUCGGUCACACCUUAAUAAAAGACAACUUGGGACAAUUUGGUAGGCAAUUCAGACAGCGUGGGUCAAUUUCAACCAAAACUUUCUUCGACCCGUCACCUUUGUAUGCAAAGAGUGGUAAUGGUAUGACUGGAAUCCUUUUAGGACUUGUGACUCAAACGUCUCAAAAAGUGGAUAGGUAGGCGUAUCUUUUCUACUUUGACUAUGGAGAUGCCUGGAAUAGCUCCUAUCGGCAGAAUCAGAGAAUCCAUGAUAAGACCCUUUGAUAAAUUAAGUGAUAAAUUAAUAGCUUAGAUAAGCCGAGGCCCAGAGAAACCCGCAAGAUAGUGAGGACAAUGAUUACUAGAAUACCUCAAAUCUUAAAAAUAAUAACGUUCACAAAAUAACAGGGCAGCAGUCGAAAGAACUCAAUGGUACCCACGGCGGCCUGUGGGACCGAGGAUGCCAAUAAACAAGAGACGAAAUCUGAAUACGGCGUAGUGAUAUUUAAAACAUUUAUACCUUUCAGGUUUUUUGCACCAGCCGUGCGAGAGAACCUCUUGAUGAAAGGCUCAACAUUUGAAGGUAUCGUGGGCGAUCUCGCCGCCAUAAACAUCCAACGUGGCCGUGAUCACGGUUUACCCCCAUACAACCAGUUCAGGGGUAUGUGUGGUCUGGUGCGUGCCGCGUCCAUUGACGAUCUCACGAACAUAAACGCGACACAGAGGGAACGACUACGUAUGGCAUACAAUGAUAACGUAGACGACAUAGACUUGUAUGUAGGGGGAGUAAGUGAGGCCCCUUUACCAGGAAGCAUACUAGGUGGAACUUUCUCUUGUAUUCUCAACAGAGGAUUUGAAAAUCUUCGCGUUGGAGACCGGUUUUGGUACGAGAGGAACGAUUCUUACACUGGAUUUACCACAGGUCAGCUGAAUGCAAUAAGAAAUGCAACUCUCGCUCGAGUUCUGUGCGACAACUCGGAUGGAAUUCUGAAAAUUACCCCAAAUGUUUUCCGCGAGAGGAGUGGGUCCAAUAACCUGACGUAUUGUGAUGACUUAAGAGUUGUCAACUUAAAUGAAUGGAUGGAAGGUAAGCCAUAUAAUUUACGCUAUAAUAGACAGUGGUUUACGGAAUACACAGCCAAACAUCGCGGCGUUUCUUGGGAUAAAUAUAGUUUCUAAGACAGCAUUUAAUUACGUAAAUCAAAUGAAAUUAAAUUAGGAUAGUUUACUUCGAUUCCCGCCUCCCCUUACCUUGGAGAGGAAAAGGAUUGGGCUACAUAAAACUUUUAUUUGUGCAGAGGGGAAGAUGAAAACUCACACCUCCUCAAAUAAAUCAAUUUUAUUUUUGCUUGAUUUUUCUUUAACUUCCUUAAAAACCCCAAAGUCAGUCCAACCAGCUAUAGAGUUCAUCUUUUUAAUUACUUUUUUUUGUCUUUUUAAACCUAUAGAACCAGGCCACAACGAAUCUUGCCAAUAUGAGGCUGUCGUUAAGGAUGUUAUCCCUCAGGAUGUAAAGUUUUCUGACGCCUUUACAUCUGUAUAACUAUAUUCUCUUUUGAAGAAAGGGGAUAAGUUUCUGAAGAAACUGUGGUGCUGCGUCGGUGGGAGAGUAUAACAGGUAAUUUAGUGUGAGCAACUAAGUUGAAAAUGUAAAUUGGUCAUCGUAAGGAGUUUAAAGGCUGACGUUUCGAGCGUUAGCUGUCGUCCAUCGCCAUGACGAAAGGGCUAACGCUCGAAACGUCAGACUUUAAACUCCUUACGGUGGUCAAUUAACAUUUUCAAUUCAGUUGUUAACACUAAAUUACUAUAUACUCUUAUGGACAGGUCUUCCAAUUCUGUUUUUUCCAGUUUUUCAAGAUUCCUCUUUACAACUUUAUAACAAACUGCGUACUAGAAAUGUACAUUUCUGAUUGAUACAACCAUAGAUAUAUAUUGCCUAUCACGGUCUAUUCUUCUGGACUACAAUGAUCUAUUUUGAUACAAACCAUCAUGAUUUGUGGGAAGGGAAAAUUAACUUGAAGAUAUUUGCAUCACCGUUCAAACCACCUGUAAUUCAACAAGUUUUAAAAUGGCUCAUGAUAAAAUAACCAUCGACAACAAUUGAUGCCGGUGCAGUGAUGAAAUGGAAAACGUAAGUUAACGAGAAAAAGAUGAAUAGCAGAAAUCUACGUGUCCUUUUCGAAUUUUCUUUUUGAUAUCAUGUACACCAGAUGAAAAUAAAACAAAAUGUAAGCUCAUGCAAGGGCUUUUAUUGACUUUAGUACGUGUCUGUUGGAUUUUUUUCUAUGAGGUUUUUGAACUGUGUAAGGUCUUUUGCAGCAUUUACAACGAAUGCCAGAUAUCCUUGUUUGUUGCACCAUAAUUAGUAUUUUACAUUACGCACCGGUGCAGUUCAAGGAGAGCGCUUGACGAGUCAAAACAGAACCUGACCGUGCGUGCUUUGUAAAGUAGAUACCAGGUCACAAUAUUUUGGUUGUAUCUCUAAAAAUUUCACCUCUCAUUCUUAAAAAUAAAAAGGUCUCUUUUCGUUAGGACUUUUUCUAAUCACUGAGCUCAACACUGCUCUCCCUCAGUGUUGAUAUGGACUUAAGAGUCAGUCUGGCGGAUAUCGAUCGUUGUUUUUACACUGAGGCAUAUCAUAUCAUCACCUAUACAUGACACAAAAAUCACGAUAAAAUGCGCUGAAAAAAGAAGCCGUAAAAACGAUGAACAAGACUUGUGGAAUUAGCUGAACUUAGGUCAGCCAGUGCUAAUGAAAUAUGAUCUAGAAUCCUAAGAAUCGCGUAUGCUUUUUUUUCUGAUCUACCUUGAAACAAUCUAGCGUAAGGUCUCUACAGUGCGUUCACAUUAAUUUUUGUCUUUCCCAAUCCCUCAGCUUUAAUCAACUAGAGAAAAAUAAGUGAAUUUGGAGGUGUAAAAAAUUAAAAAUUUAAAAUUCAGUCUGUGUAAGGGGUAACUUCAACAGUUUAAUCGAUGCCUCAGUGACUUUGACCCCAGCUGUUGACAGGAGCCUUAACAAUGCAUACCUUUAAUACUUAAAAUAUCUCUGCCACAAUGAUACUUAUGCAGUGAGUCAGCGGAAGUUUACAUAAAUUACUUCAAACUUACGAAAGGAAAAUUACAAUCGCAAAAGCCGCGGCAAUUGAAACUGAAAGAAACAGUGGACCUCAAGACUUUUAAGAUACAUAGUGGGUUAUCAUGAAAAAAAAAAUAUACUUAGCCAUGAUGAAAAACCCUUGUAAAUCAAGCGUGGGCUGAAACACACGAAGGUACUUUCGGAUUUCCGCAGAGUCAUUUUAACUCAACUUCCUGACCACUUCGAUUUUCUGAAGACGUGUUAGUUUGCAGGUAUUACACAGAAGACUAAUUCAAAUGAAAUAAAUAGAAUGAGUAAAUGGAACUUAAUGAUAAAAUUUGUUUUCGGUUGAGUAAUAAAAUUUCCAUAAAAAAUUUCGUUACAAGAAAUAUCAACACGACUUAAAAAUCUAAAUGUCACCUUAAAAUAAUAAAAAAAAGUGCGAAUAAGAUAGACCUAGAAAGUCUAAUUUUCUUACGCUGUUUUAAACACCUUAAAAGAUAGCACCGAUCUAAUUUUGUCUGUUAUUGAGUUCCAUAAUCGGUGCCAGGUACCCCAACACGUUGGUCUUUGGCAGCUUUAAGAUGUUAUUAUUAAUUGUAUGAUAAACAAUACGGAUUAUUUUCUCUGAGUGAAAUAGUGUUAAAGUGCGGAUGGAUAAAAGCAACUCUUAAAGUUGUCUCUCCCGCAGUGGACUAUAACAGAAAUCCUGCUGACUUAUGCAAUGAGUCAGCGGAAGUUUCCAUCCUUUAAUUUGAACUUGUGGGAGAGAAAUCAUAACCGUAAAAACCGCGGACGCAUGUGCCGAAAAGAAGCAGUAGACCGUAUGAGCAGGCUAAGUUUUUCCUUGGUUGCAAUGUUUUCUCUUUCUCGAAAACUAGGGUAACGUUUGAACAAUCUUCUAAAAAUAAAUUCAGGACUCCCAAAGCGUGUUUUAUUAUCAAGGUGAAAUUGUUAUUACUCAUAAUUAAAAUUUGUACCGUUUGUAUGAAAUGCGCUUUACGAAGAAGUCACGUGAAAUUCAGAUGGAAGAACUUGUGUAAUACGGAUUAAAAUUUUAGCUUGUUGAGAUCAUUGCUUUCGAAUUCUAGCCUGCUCCCAUUUGUUAGGAUUGUUUGUUUGUAUUCUCAUUUUUUCAAUCAUCUACCGCCGCGUAUUGAUGUUUUGCUGAACUUUCACUGAUUUCAUUCUUGAUAUCAGACAACUGUACUUUAUUAUCAAUUCUAAAAGAGCCGACGUUAUGGUGGUGCUCAAGGUAAACAGGAAAAAGCGAAUGUUAACUUGAUGCCGUCGGCAUCCAUCAGUUUGUACACCACAGUGAAAAUAGUAGUCUUUUAUGUAUUCGGAUUAGCAGAUUUGCUAUUCAUUUCUGUUGGUUUGAUUUAAAGAUUAUCGCUGGAAAUUGAUAUUUUGCGGAACUUUCACGAUGUAAUUCUUGAUAUCAGACAUCUGUACUUUAUAAUCAAUUCUAAAAGAGCCGAAGUUGUGGUGAUGUUUAAGCCAAACAGGAAAAAGCGACCUUAAUGCCGUCUGCAUCUUUGUACAUCACGGUGUACCCGUUAUCUAUUCGCUUUAGCAGAUUUGUUAUUCAAUUCUAUAAUUUUGAUUUUAAGAUUAUCAAGAGGUAAAGAGUGCAAGAUUAUGCUGCAUUGGAGCAGUUUCUCAAUUCAGUAAACGUCAUACUCAAACUUGAUUGCAUCGGCGAGCAGGUCGGUCAGAAAACAGUGAACAAAUAAUUAAAUAAUUCUCACGGCCGAAUCUAGAACUGUUCUGACGUUCUCAACUUUCCUUAACGAAGAACGCCUGAGAGCAAGUUACUCAGACUUAAGCACUGGCUUCCUUAAGAUGUAAUAAAUACAGUGGAUCACAAAGCUUCCUGACCAAUACGUCUUUGUGGUUUAUGUUUUACCUCAUUAAUUGAUUUCGAAAUGCAUGCGUGAUAAACAUUCGUUCGACCGGCUCAUAGACGUGGCAAAAAAUAUUGCAAAGAUGACUGAAUUAUUAUUAACAGAGUCCUAUGGAGCCAUUUUGUUUCCUCGUGCUACAAUAAUGAUGGAACAAGCUCACUGAGAGAUGAUAUGCGAUUUUUCUUGUUGUGCUCUAUUUACGUUGGUCCUGCGUGACCCCUCCUACUCCUCCCUUGGAAAAAAAAACAGACAAAGAAGUGCGCAGCUGUACGCAUGUUAAAAUAUGUGGUAACAUGUUCCGCGAGUGCUAAAUAAAUACGUGUGGCACGACUUGGCGUGUGGCAGAGUGGCACGACUUCACAAAAUCGAAGAGUUCAGGAAGUUGAAUUACAGUGACUCUGCAGAAAUCCAAAACUGUCUUAGUGUGUUUCAGUUACUCUUGAUUUACAAGGGCUCGAAUUUUCUGCUUCGAAUAAGCGUUAUUGUUAUGAAUCGAUCCGUGAAGGCGUAGCAGAAAACUGCCAAAAACGUUUAGGCUACAUGAAAUAAAAAUUUUCAUCGAUUUUUUAGUCUUUGAAAAAAGAACCGAAAAUCAUGAAAUAAUGAAAGGGAAGAUUCGAAUAUUAGUGGUUUGCUUCUGAAGAAAAUCAAGAACAACAGUUUUGCAUAUGUCAUAUCUUCAUCUGGGGAUUUAAAAUAAGAGCCGCGCAAGCGAUGACGGCAUCAAAGAAUGAUGAGUUUGCACUAAGUGUGCCGAGAUGACAGAAAUGUUUUGCGCAUUUUGCGUGCUUUGUAGCCCUAGAAAUUAACACGGAACCUACUAUCAAAAGUGUCCUAAUAAUAUGAAUUGCAUCAGAGUAUGCUACUCACUUGCAUACUUACUCGCCAAUAAACAAAAUGACCUUCAUCCUCCCAACUAUUAUAAUCUUGCCAAGAGGUGGCCGAUUGAAAAACUGAAUAAAGUUGAAAGUUGAAAGUUAAAAGUUGUUGUAAAUUCAUUUCACGAGCCUUCUUUGGUCGCAUACGAGCAAAGUGUCCUUCUGCAUCAAUUGGCGUAGCACUGGAUACCUUCAAAUAAUCUGUGCUAUUUAUCAUUAGAACUUCUGAUGGGAUACAGCAUAGAGAUAGAUGACCCCUACAUGUGCAAGACAAACAGCGUGUUGGUUUGGCUUCAACCAAUAUGGAGAAGCAGGCCUUACAAAAAGCUUUUCUAUGCCUAAGAUUAUCCCUUAAUAUUGUUGGGGUUGUGGCUGAUGCCUUCCUAUCAAUAGAGAAGUUAACCGGUCGCAUUUCAUUAAAUUACCUGCUCUCUAUUUAGUGGUUAAAACAGAUAAAUUUUGUUCGUCAUAGAUGGUUCGCAGGGUAUCAGUUUCCUUCCUUAUACUCGUACAUGUAAUUGUUUAUCUAGAUCUGUAGUAAUCUCCUUUUUUGUGACAAGGAAAAUCCUUUUCUAAUAAUCUCUCUCUCUUCAAUCUUCAGCUCAACAAUCUAUCUUUUUGAAACAUAGGUCUCACAAAUAUUAUCACUUUUACAAAAUUUUUCUAAGCUGACAAAAUCGCAGGCGUAUUUCAUGGCCUCGACUUUUGGCCCAAAGCAAAGAGUAUCAGGAUGUGUUUCACCAACAUGAACCUGUAAAUUUCCAUAAACAGAUUGUGAAGAGGACAUUUUGAAAAAUUGUGCUUGAGCCUAAAUAUUAUUAUCAUCAUAAUUUUCUCAUUACUUUCUUAUAUUAUUAUCAGUAUCCCUAUUAUUAUUAUCAUCAUCAUCAUUGUUAUUUUUAUUAUCAUUAUACUUGCCAGGGUCAUAAGAUAUAUCGGAAAGAGUCUAGAAUCGGUAAUCGCAUUACAAAACAUUUUGUUUAAGCUGGUCCAGGGAAAACUCUCUUUUUUGGGAAAGGUGGUCUAACGAAGAAUAUGAAAAAGGAUCAAGCCUUGUCAUAAACAAUUAUUUUUUACUUCAAACACAGUACCAGUUUGUUUAAGAUUGAUAUAAAUGUUCAUUUCUCAUGAACUUUUCUUUUUUAAAGAAAGCUUUUACAUAUAAUUAUAUUUGCUUCAUUUAGACAUUUCGUUUAAAAGACAUUCUCCAUAAGCCUGUAAAUGCAGUUUUUCUUAAUGUUAUUUUGUUUUAUUGGAUUUAUUUGCCAUAAAUAGUAAAGUACGAUUAGAUAUCAUUGGAGAUUGCGCUAUGAGAAUUAAGUAUUAAUAUAAUUUUUCUAUCAUAAUUAUUACUAUUAUCAUUCUUAUUAUCAAAAAACGCGUUAUUUCAUAGAAGCCGACUUCUUUCAAAUGGAGAAAUUUAAAGUGAUUUCUCCUAAAUCUUAGGAAAUGCGGUACUUUUUGCCUAAAAUGACCGACAAAAUCAUAAAGAAUUAAUCCAUGUACCCUUACGCUCUGUCUAUUGUCAGCGAGUUUCUAUGAGCUUAAUACAGAGGAAUUUUGCGCAAUGUUUUUUUUUUCUCCGCGAGUGAUGUUUUCGCGUGAAUCAAGGUCUAUCGUGUCGUGAAGUAAAAACCAGCUGAAAGUAAAUACAAUAGUCAAGUAAAACAAAGGAAAUAAUACACGAAGACACUAAACGAUUAAAGCAAAAACACGCAACCUCCUGAAGCGCUGAAAAACGCGAGUAACCAAGUUAAGAAUGAUUUCAGUUUUGCGUUAGAUUGGUUUAGAGGUUAGCGCGACCCUUCACAGGAAAUGCAGAUUUUUUCGACACUGCAUUCGAAUUUUAUUUCUCAGUAUAUAAAAGCUGUAAUUUAUGUGGCUGUUGGUGGAAAUAAGGAGUAAAAAAUCGUUUCCAUACCAGAUUCGUGAGACCAUGGAGAGAAAAGUGGGUUUCGUGUUAGCUUCGUUGAACAAAAGUUGUAAUUUGUCGAACCUUACUAACAGAUGGAAAAUUCUAGCAGUCAUUGUUAUCAAGAUGACGUAAAGCAACAAACAAAUAACUCAAUUAAGAAACACCCAUAUUACCAGUAUUGCUCGAGGACAAAGGCGAAGACAAAUUGCAAUACCUUCUAAAGUCAUUUCGUGAUGCACCUUUUCGUCUGCGGAAGAUAUCGUGACUUUUCCAUUUUUGUGAGUUACCUUAAUUAUGUUGCAAGUUCUUCCUUUUUACAUGUCAUCUCAUCACGUAUGUUUUUUCAUUAAAGUAGUCAAUGAUUUAGCCGAAGCCGAAGAGGGAACUUUCUAGCGGUUCAAGUGCAAGCGGUAAAAACUUCUGGAAACAAUAUUUUUUAUGAGUUUAUUUUGUUAUGAAAUAAUCUUCCUUUCCUUUGAAUCGCAUCCCUUCCGAAAAAAAAAUCAAUAUUAAAAGCAAUCAAUAUCACCUAGGACGCAAAACAGUGUGAAUGAAAUGAACCUUGAAGUCUUCAAAGGUUACGUUAAGUCUUAUAACAACCUUAGCAGAUUAAAAGCUAUGGUGUCAUUUUUAAUCAUUUAGCAAUGUUUUAAACUAAUGGUUGCCCGAGAUGACUUUGAACAUGAAGAAUUUUUAGUCCCGGGCUGUUUGAUAUUCAUUCGAUUUUUUUUUGCGGACGUUUUUUCUGUGUCAAACCCAAUCCCUAUAUAACUCGUGAUACUAGUCUGUGACUAAGAUUAUUUGAAUAUUAUCUGAGAUACAAACAAUGACACCAUUCUCUAUUUCUUUACCGAGCUCAAACCUAACCAUCUCUCUUAUUCUAUUUACAAAUAUGACGCUAUCGACAUCGCUGAUCCUAGCAGUAUGCAAGACGCGUGUCACAUGAACUUCGUAAUAGAGCUCGCUCAACGAAGAGUCUCAGUGGUAGAGCAUCGGAGGUUCGAUUCUUCAUGGGAACUCAGAAUUUUUUCUUUGUCCCACGCUAGUGACAAGACGAAGACAUCAAAACUUACCAUCUCUCUUAUCCUAAUGAAAUCUGUGUUUUGUAAAUUUGCCAGCUAAGCACAUUCCAUGUUCCAGUCAUGGGGUGACCGUGGCUUAAACGUGGCUUUUCAAAGCAUAAUCCGACCACUGUAAUUCGUAAUGUUCCAACGGCAGCGCUACAAAAACAUGCACAUUACUUACUUAAACCUUGUUGAUUAAACCGUUCACAAGAAUUGAUUCAAACUAGGGGACGCUUCCUUUUCAUAACGGUGCUGACUCAUUUGACCUCGUUUAAGCCAAUUUGGAUCCAGCUGACGUAGUACAUGUGCAAAAUUAACCGGACUGUCGCGCUAAAUUAGAACUGCAGAGAAAGUGCAUCCAAAGAAUGAUUCCAUAAGCAACUGAUGAUCAAUUACUUUUUUAAUUUCUCUUAUUUCACCUUUGUCACCUAGUCAGUAAAUUGAAACAACCACCCAAAGGAAAAAAAAUGUAAACAAUGAAAACACUACAUCAAAAAUUUUCCUCUUACUGAACUCUCGCAUUUCGAUGGCAUUAUGAUGGAGGAACGUGUUCAAGAUUAUGAGCGUUCAUUGUUAUGUAAUCUUCCUGGAACUAACAAAGUUUACACUACGCGUUAACCAAAACAGAGAGAGGAAUCUGUUUGCCGCAAAUUUUAAGGCAAUAUCACUCUGUAAAUUUUAUUUUCUAGCUUAGCACAACAACGGUUUUUAAUGAAGCUGCUCCAGAAAUUUAAGCAGUAGGCCGAAAAUAUCCAAUUUGCACAGUAGUGUCACGCGAUAAAAGAUUCAGAAAGGCCCUUCUAGCUCACAGCUUUUUAUGAUUCAUUUUUGUUCGAGCGUGUGAUAUGCGUGGUUUAAAUGACCUAAUUUGUGAUAAAUGACCCACUAAUGAUUCAACAAUGGCUAUAUUGCUACAGUUUCACUAAACAUUUGUAGACAAGUGCUUGGUCCAACAUAACUUAAUGUUUCAGGUCGUUUCAGUAAAAAAACCCAGAUGAGCAAGCCAAGUAGAUCGGUGUCAUCUUCUGUUUCAAAGCUUUCAGUUAAAAAAAUCUCCUAACGACAAAAUACUUUAAUGAAAAGCAACUGUAAUUGAAAAUCUUAGUUACAUUUCUUGUUCUAUUAUCAUUAUUAUUAUUAGUGUUAUUAUUAUCAUUAUUAUUUUUAAAAAGUAGGAACCGGACAACAUCCAGCCUUCAUAAUUUGUGUCGCAUCAGCUUAGAUUCUUACUAAGCAAAGGUCCUUUUCAAUGUAUCUUUAUCUCUAUUUGCUCACGUGCAUAUUGUUACAGCGAUAUCGGUCGCUCUCAAGCCUUGCGGGUAGAUAAGUCGCGCGAGGCAAUUUAUAAUUUAUGUGCGUACUUCAAGAGCGAUAUCGACACUCUUCAUUCUGCGGUGGAAGAUAAAUCAUAAUUUUGAGUAUUGUUUGUUUGAUCAUUAUCCCCGUUAAUGAAUCACUUACUUGAAUUUAUUUGAAAAAUAAUUGACGCAAAGCGCUUAACAAUAGAUGUCACGGUAAUGAUAUUGGGUAGUGUCUACAAUGGCAAGAGUUUGUACUGAAAAUCGAGAUAAUUACAUUUCAUGACGCAAUUGUUUAAAAAACCUGCGCAUUUAAACAUACUGAUGGCUCGAUGGCCCGGUCAGAUAAACUUCGCCGACAAACAAAACAACCCUCUUCUUUCCGAAUUUGAAAUCUUACCAAGACGAGGCCGAAUGGAAAACUGUCUUCUUUCUGAUCUGUCUCAGUUGAGGGUAUUUGAAUUCUCGCAGACUAUCACUUCAAGUGCAUCGCUUGAACUCGUCCAAAAUCUAUCGGGAGUUGCAUAACAAGAUCUCCUUGUCACAGUUGAUUAAUUGAAGUUGUUUGGAUCUCUUACAUGAGCCUUCUUUAAUCUUGUAUGAGCAGUGUCAAAACUGAGUGCGUCACUGCAGCAGUUGGUCUUCUUGUAGCAAUAAUUACAUAUAUUUCAGUUCUUUUUCAGCGUCAAUCAGUAUGCGCCUGUUUUCAAUGAACUAUUGAAAAAAUGAUUCUCAGACAAAGGGAUAGUAGAAUUUUUCGAGUUCAAGUCUUCUCUCUGUUUAUUGCUACGUGGGUUUCUUUCCAAAUUUUAUUUUAGAAGCGUCGAUAGAGAAUGUAUAUUGCAUAAAAUUCUUCAAGGACUUCCCUAAAUCUGCACAAAGCCUUGUAGUACGUAUUUCCGAAGACAUUGCUUUGUUGGUUUUUUUCUUUUUUAAUCUUUCCUCUUUUUGUAUUGAUAUUACUCUCUGUUAUAUUUAGUAAUACUUAAUAUACCACGACGUCAAAACAUAAAUCAAGUGACGUCAUGGACGCCCACAUACUUCCAGUGACAGGUGGGUUUUUAUGCCGUAAACGGUUCCCUUAAUCUGAAGUUUCGGGAACUUUUAAAAGUUUUUGAUAACAAGUUUUAUAGAAAGAAUUCUGCGACGUCAUCAUGAAAGGUCGAGUUCCUCGCUGAAUCUUUGUUUAUGCCUAAGAUAUGAAAUUAAUGCUAGACGGACCCAAUCGAAACAGCACUCUAAGAGCAAAGUUUCAGUGCCACUAUUAAAUAUUUAAGCUUCCUUCUUUUAGCUUAUUUGUUUGUUUGAAAUUUUUCUUGUUCUAUUCUUUUUCUCUGAAAGUGACAGCCUUACCUUCGAACAAAACUGUUAAAACCAGACUAGUCGAUCAAUAACCCGAUUGCUAAUCUAGUCAUGUAGUGGUGCAGUGGUUUAUUACACAGACCAAUAUUUUGUACGUCAGCUAAUACGGUAUAUCAAUUUUCUCCAUCGAAUUUCGGUCAGCUUCAUACACUGAAAUAGUUCACGUGAAGGCAAUCACUGUCGCCGGCUUCGUCCUCUCUUCAGCUGGCACUACUCGUUCACGAAAAGCCUGAUGAAUAAGAGAAAUGAUUGGGAUGUGAUACAUUGGCAGUCAGUUAAAACCAAACGACGAAAUUAAGACAUAAUUUAAACGGGGGGUGAGGGGGAGGUGGGGGCUUCUUUUUAUAAAGGUCAUUGGAGUAAAUAUAGAUCUAACUGACGCAAAUACUACCAUUCAUUCUGUUGUAUAGAGGAUAUCUCUUGCAACAUUGAACUUCGUAAUACGUAGUUGAAAACCUAAUCACUUGACGACCAUUACUUUUUAACUUUCUGACGUUACAGCCAUGUCAUAAUAUAUCUGCCACCUUCGCUACACAUACUAAACAUCCACACAAUUAAACUGCCUUUAAAAUAUUUUUUAGAGAAGGUUAAUGGGUAUUCAAACCGAUAAAUCUUGUUACAUUAGAUUUAUCAGAAAGAGCUGCACAUCAAUAUUUGGUUUGUCAAGCCAAAAGUAAGGAAUGUUUCCAUAGAUCAAAACCUAACCAGUAUUUCAAAGGGCGGAUAACGCAACAAAACGUAUUGCGCUAUCCAACGGAUAGAGAUUUAUCGAGUGGAUAGCGUUACCCACCCUCUGGAACAAUCAAGUUUUUUUUUUUGCUUAGGGCUAGCUUAGGGUUAGCACCAAAAGCUGAACGCUUAUAUCCCCAUAGAAUAGAGUCAAGUUUUCAAGAUCAUGAGCAUUCCUGUUGUUGUGUAAACCUUGUGGAAACACGCACACUUUACACUUCACACUUCACACUCCACACUCCACACUUAGACUAAGUAAAAAGUAAAGAAGAGAGAAGUGCCCAUUCAUUGCGGGACUGAAAUUCUGAGGUUUCUGCAAUUUUAUUUCAGUUCGGUACUUCAAGCCUUUAUCAUCAAGGUAAAAAAAAAACAUGAAUUGGUGUUAUCUAAAUCAAUGGAGAAAUAAUUAGAAAUAUAAUGUUUAUAAUUAUCCAUUUGAAAAUCGGUGUUCAUGCUUAGUAAAUAUGUUACAGAUAUUCCUUCAGACCAGAGAUAUUUAAAACGGAGACAGAGGUUGAUAAAAUGAGAAUUUACAGAUGGCAUGAGCGAAAAUUAUCAUUUAGUUUUGACUAGUAAACGGAAGAAUAAAUCACUGGUGGACCAAACCAAAAUGAUUUCCUUCUCCUGGUCACGGUUGAUUUAGCAAUAAUGAGUUUGCAAUAUUUGAGUGAAUGGCAAAAUCCAUGCAAAAAUCGUUAUUGAAGGAAUAAGUCAAUUUACCAUGAAUUUCUCGAGAGAUUCGUCUUCUUUAGUUUACGGGAAUCGAAGAACCCAACGCUCAGAACCAUUCAUUAUUUUCUUAUGUUGGAUAUUUCGUGUAGGUAAAUACCUGGCGACUUGUUUGUGUUACAAGAUUCCGUUUUCACCUAGUCACGCAUACUCAUUCGUGUAACUGGGGGAGCUGUUUACGACAACUGAGUGCUCAAAAGCAAAGACUUAAAUAUGGGCAAACGAACGAAGAUUAAAAAAAGGUAUAAGAAAUAAUUUCACGAAAGAAACCAUAAGAAAACCUUCUUCAGGCUUACAACACCUCAGUCAAGAUUCAUUUUUGUUCUGGCGUCACAUGCGUGAGUUAAGCGGUCUAUUCAUGGCUAACGACCUUCCGAUUCUUUAAAGGUUAUAUUGCCACUGUUUUUCUGGUCGUUUGAAGACAAAAGAUGAUAUUAUGCGACAGUCACAUAUUAACUUAAAGUUUCAGUGCUUCAGAGAAAAGCCUUCUGAUCAGCCGAAUUUGUGUCACCUUCUAACAGCGACUAAACCUUUACUGUCCAAGUACUUACAUGAAAAACAAAUAGAUGAAAUUCGCAGUUAUCUUUUUCUUGUUUUCUGACGAAAAGCACGUCACCGAAGAUUUGAGAAAGUAGGAAACGGCUUGAGGUUCACAAUAUCACCUCAUAAUCUGUGUCAUAUCAGCUAACGUUUGUAUGAUUUGUUUGUAUCUAUUGACUCAGAGUAUUCUAAACAGAGUAUUUAUUUCAAACUUGAGGACACACUUCUUUUUCGAGAAGAUUAACAUCGUCUUAAGUAGCAAGGGAAAUUCGAAAACAGUGUCAUUUUUUCUUUUAAAUUCAAGGUAAAAAAAACUUAGACAUUUAAAAAGACAUAAAUAUCCUUCUGACGCACACGCGUAUUGCAAGACCGAUAAUGAUCCAUCUUCAAUCCGCCCGUGAAUAUAUAUAAUGACGUAGUGUAUUGUUUGUUUGUUUAUUGUUAUCGAUAACGAAGUACGCUCUUAAAAUUACUUGAAAAGCAAUUGAGCUACGUUGUAGUAUAACGCAAAACGCUUAAAAACCAAAACUGUUGGGUAGUUCCUACAAUGGCGGGACUUAACUCACAAUACCAAAUCACAAUAGUUCUUUUAAUGACGUAAUUGUUGUACACUUUUGUGCAAUGAAACACACUGAUGCCUCGAUGGUCGGGUCUGAAAAAGACUUGAAAAAAAGAAAAAAACUGUUUGAGAAGUAAAGCUUGAAGAACAGAAAACAGUGCAUUCCGUUUAGGCUUUUACAGUUUUUUGAUCAUGAUUUGAUUAAGUUAUUUUAUUGGACAACAAAGGUGUUGGUGCCUACAUUAGGUGGUGAACGGAAAAAAAACCUCACUUUUAUUUUGAAUGAACAAAUGCAACAUUACUGUUCCCGAUAGUUUUAGCAAUGAAAUCAUACAGACUAUGUAGCAAAUUCCUUUGGAUGUUAGACUCGUUUUGAAAGAUCCUUGAAAGACCAUUUUUCUGUCGCGUGACUGGAUACAGACGAAAAGUAAUUUAUACCUUUAUGAACGACACCGCAGAAUUAUACCUAUUCACCCUUGAAUAGCGCUUAUAACAUAAUCCCUUAAACACACGGAAAAUUUUUUAUUUUUGGAGACGGUGUAAAAUUCGUGCUUUCACUUGAAAAAAAACAGAGACUAACUAAAAGAGCACAGAGAAAUUAAGAGCACAAGUUGUUUCCCUAAGAAGCAGUUCCUUGGCAUCGGUCAUUUAAUGCACCUUGUAUACUAGAUUUCAAUAUCAUAACAACCCGAAGCUGAAACAUCAAUAUCACGGCUGUAUGGUGUCUGAAUUCCACUUGUGAAAUGAACUCUCAAAGAAAACUUACACGAAAGCUCGUUUAAACUGGGGUUGGGGAAGUUCAUGGAAUUUUUUAAAGUAAUUUUUAAAUUAAAUGUUUAACCACCGCUACCUCGGCGAGGGUCAAAAUGAGAGAAUAAAUAUUGGCCUAUCACGCAGCUGUCGCCAUGGAAUCUUGAAAUUAAAAUAAGAGACACAAGUUCGCAAAUUGGACGAGGCAUUCCAAGAAAGAAACCUUUCAAAACCUUUUACUCCUAUAAAACAAACAAUUUUUUUUUCCACUAAGCAUAUGGUUUGAUUUGCUUGUUUAGCUGGUUAACUAUAUACUAAUUGCUGUAACUCAUUACACUAGCUCCUUAAAGGCUUAGCACGGGGCAAUUGUUUCCUCAAAGUAGCACACAUUUGAUCGACCGAAUAUUCUUAAAGCUUUAUAUUACAGUUUUCUCAAGUGACGAAUGUUUUCAUAAAGAUCAAAAUAGGUGAAUGUAGUUGCAACGUUAACAGUGGUUUUCAAAAGCGCCUUUUAGAAAGAAAACUAGCCAGGAUAGUUGAAUUGACGUGCUGGUGUAGUUUUACGUCAAAAAAAUACAAAUAUAUAAUAUCAUUUGUUUCUUUGAACACCUUUACUUCUGAAACCGAUAUAGGUUGAUUCCGUGAUCUAUGAAUCAAUUAAUUCAGGAUGUUAGAUGACUAAGGUAAUGCUAAUUUGUACAUGCCAACGCAUGGCUUCAAAAUUACUUCCCUGUAUUGAGGGACACCGGCCAUUUAAGCCAAUUAACUAAUGCGUCAUACAACAAACAAAAACAAAAUAUUGCCUUUGUGGGUCUUGUAACUCUCUUUGUAUUUGUUUGAAAAUAAUAGAGGACCAAAAAUAAGUUAAGAUAUCAGCUUUCAAGGCUGACAUUCUAUUGUUUUGUCAAGGUAAAAUUUUGGCCACUGAGUAGCAGGGCAGAGCCGACAGGAUCAUUUAUAAGGAGGUACCCUUGUCACAUCUGGCAUUCGCAGCUAGGGUUUUCUACAGUAAGGAAUACCUCAGGAGCGGAAUAGCUUUGUCUUCCAUUGGAUUAUUUGCCGCUUUGUGAAUUGAAGGUAUUUUGAUGCUGGUUCAUUUUUUGUAGUUUCAUGUCUGUUUGCUUCCUUGUAAGGUGAUUGGUUUGAUUGUCUCCUAAACUCUGCUGGUGACAGUACCCCCUUUAUCCUUAUUUUUAUUUCGAAUGGUAAGGAGCAGCUUUCAGACAAGGGGGUUUUAUGUUGAUAAAAGAUCGAUCUACAAGGCAUCAAAGCAUGUUCUUGUUUACGCUGAGUUUUUAAUAGCUAUCGCUCAUAAAAAAUUUUUUUGGCAACAUCAUACCAUGGAUUGGAAGAAAUAAAUAAAAAAAUGACAUUAUGGGGGACUAUUCACUCUUUGUGGCCACAUUCAUGAAGAUGAAAAGAGACUGAAGUUUUAAGUUCAGACAUCAGUAGCGAUUUUUGGUUUCCUUAGAUUAUAAGGUUUUACUUUGGAGACGAGUAGAAAUGGAUGGAACUUGCUUUCUAGUUUCGUGCUAACGCGGAUCAGAAAGUACACAGUUAACUUAGCUCUCUUUGAAUAUGACAAACUCCUAAUACACCAGGUUAACUGAAGUAAAUGUUUCUUAAAACAAUUCAUAUGGACAAUGUAGCAGUACAAUAGUAACAUGAAAACGCAACUACCACCAUUUGGUUAAAAUGCUGUUAACGAUGCUGAUACCAUUCAUUCAUCAAUAGGCACAGUAAGAGGCUGUCCAGACGCAAAAUGAGGGCAACAAGGUACGUUUUAAAGUUAAAAUGAAAUUCAUGACAAAUUCUUGUUUGAAAUACCUAGAAUUAGAAACUUGUGAGACACACUUCCUCUCGUUCUAAUACGGAGAAAUUUUUGGCAAUAUUACGGUUUUAUUUUAUCAAGAUUUCACUUGACUAAGAUCUGGCCGCGUCAAUCUCUAGUCUAUGGGCACUUGAUGGAUCAAAAGAAAAAGUUAUUUAUUUUAAAUAUGUGGGCACCUAUCUCCUUUCAUUCAUCAUCAUGCACAACACUUGAUUCUUGACAAAUUUCAGUUCUUAAAUUGUGCAUUACUUAAAGGUAACUUUCUGGCGGAAAAGACAAGUGGCUGAUCAGUCCUAAGAAAAAAAAACAAGACAUACAUUCAUCAUUGCAAAAAAGAUCAAGUAGUAACAAGUUGAGAAAUACAAAAACAAUUCAAAGAACAUGAGUGAAUAUUGGUCUUCAAUUAUUUGCUAUUGCCGUCUUAUCUGAGAAACUUUCUGUGUGAAGUGAAAUUUCUUUAGUAAAUUGUGCGACCCACUAAAGCGAAGGGAUCGAACCGCUUACACGCGGGCGAAUUCAAUAUGCUCCAACGGACUACGCUCUUUACCUUAUGAACACACCGCUGUCCUAGCUUGGCGUCGUCGCUGCUGAUUAAAAACUCCCCAUUGUAAUGUUACUCACUUUCGCCUACGUUCCAUUUGUUUUUCAGCUUCCUCGUGGGUGUUUUUCUUAUUUUUGGUGCCCUAGAAGUACGUCGCACGUCCUGUUACAUGGCAGCAACUCCUGAGUCAGAUCUUGCAGAUACAGUUGUUCUACCUGGCUGCAAUCGCCUUGACAUAAGAGAACGUUGUAUCAUGGGAGCUCAAUCUGAAUAUCGCACCUUUGACGGCACAUGUAACAACCUUUGUAAUAUUACCAAUGGAGCCGCCGGUGUACCAUUUUCACGUCUUCCGGGCCUAGAACCUCCCACUGCUUUUGCACCAGGCUUCAAACCCCGAGUGGCCUCGGUCAUCCCUGGCAAAUUUCUCCAACCAUCAAGGAAAAUUAGUACAACUGUCUUCGCCGGCACAGACGAUAAUGUGAACGGCACUAAUCCAAAUUUUACCCACGUGACAAUGACUUGGGGGCAAUUCAUAGAUCAUGAUGUUACCCUUACUCCGUUAGUUCCAGGUGUAGAAUGUGGGUCGCAGAGUGAACCAUGUCAAGCCAUCGAACAAUGCGUCAACAUCCCUUUAGUUAAGCCACUUGCUAAUAAUAGUACCCUACUGUGUAUACCCCUUAGGAGGGCCUUACAGGAUGAAGAUGGCGAGCAGGUUAGUUAGAAAUGACAACUGACUUUUUGUUUAAGAUAUGCAAAAAAUAAAUUUACAAUGGUUAGUAACACUGAUAUCACAUUGCAAGAAAAGGAUAGGAAAAAACCCGAGUAAAAAGUUAAAAAUUUGAGAGCUGUUUUUCCUUUUGAAAACGAAAUUCACAUCUAAGGUGAGUUCCCGUUAUCGCGUAUGAAAGCAAAAUGAACAAGAAGAAACAUCGCAUGAGAAAUAAGGAAUUCAAUUACGACUAGCGAGAUUUACAAUGUCUCUUUAUUAAUUUUGUAAACCCUCCCAUUCCUCCUUGCACGAUAAACUUUAGAGGCCGGCCAUGUAACUUUUGAACCAUCGUUCAAUUCAAAAACGCACCUCUAUGCUAAGCUAACUCCGGCAUUUAAUUCCUUUUCCUGUGGCAGCAAAACAUCAUAACUUCUUACGUGGACGCUUCAAUGGUGUAUGGUUCAAGCCUUGAAGCAGCAGAGGAACUGCGUGACCCAGAAAAUCCGAAACUUUUGGCAAUCAUGGACCCCACAAAAUCUGAAACAGAGCAGCGCUGUGCACUCCUUCCGCGUGCGGAGUUAGAAGCUUUCUGUAGAUCUCCGAAUACGAUGGAUAAACCUUGUUUCAAGGCUGGUGACGAGAGAGUCAAUGAAAACCAGGGUAAGAGACUCAGAAAAAAAUCUUUGUAUCUGGCAAUCACUGUUUUACCACUUUGGUUUUUUCCAUUCGGCUUUUAUGACCGGUAUAGAUCAUACUUAUUGACCGAUGUACGUAAUGUAAAUAAAAUCGUCAAAAACUAAUGCUAACGGGUCGUUCCUUUGAUUGACAGCUCUUAUGGCAAUGCACACGCUAUGGGUUCGUGAGCACAAUCGUAUUGCCAGAAAACUGGCGGAAAUAAAUCCAACAUGUGAUGAUGAGGAAAUUUAUCAGCUGGCGAGGAAAAUUGUGGCCGCUGAAAUUCAGCACAUCACCUACAACGAAUGGCUUACAGUACUCUUCAGUGCCGAAGUUGUGAGUCGUACUAUAGCAAAAAACUUACUAAAGUUCUUGUCCGUUUCACAAAGCCAUAACCAUAUCACGUAACCAAUCAGAACAAAGAAACAUAGACGAUGAGACCCAACAGCUUUAUGGGAAAUGUUCGAAAAGAUACAUAAUCCGUAAUUCACUUUUCUCACUUUCUUGAAAAACCUUUGUUAUGAUAUUCCUUUUCUUCCAGAAAAGCGAAAUAACUGUCAUGUAGAUGUGUACUCAGAGAGCCGCAAGGUCUCAUCGUUCAUUGUAAACGCUUUUUUUAAGAGUCAAUGUUUUUGCGAUCGAGUGUAUAGAACGGUGUCUUAGUGACAUGUUGUUCGGAUAGAACCCUUCGUUUGAUUUGUUACCUCUCUGAUACUCCUUGGAUUCUUGCACUAUUUUAUUCAUAAUCCACGAACACUCAGGUCUCAGUUAUUACUGCGCAUGUGUUGCCCAAUAGUCCAUUACUUCUGCUGAAAUGUUGCUUGAAAAGUGAACGCGGAAGAUGUCAUUGCAUAUCAGCUAACUUGUUGAUGGUUGUUUUGUUGUGUUUUGUCUUAGCUGGACAAGGCAAACUUAACAUUGGUGCCACCUGGCGAGUUUUUCAAGGGAUAUGAUCCAAGCGUGGAUGCAACAAUUCAUAACAGCUUUGGUGCAGCAGUCUUGAGAAUCGGCCACACCUUGAUUCGAUCUUCAUUCAACUUGAUUGCGAAUUCAAAGAUCAGGAGAAGCAAGCGGCGCCUUUAUCGCGGAAGUAUUGAGACAGAUUUUUUCACUCCACAAGACUUAUUCCUUGGAAUAAAAUACAACUUCAUAGAUGAAAUCUUACACGGCCUCACUGUUGACCUAGCUCAGCUAAUCGACAAGUACGUAUCAAUGCAAUACAUAUACGAGUCUAAAGAGAGUGACAAUUGAUAAAAACGAAAUUCUAAUUCCCCUUCAAUACAAAGUUCCUAAGUACAUUACACGUCUGAUGAGUUAGAAAUUUGUCCAUUCAUAGCCCCUUCUCGAUAUUUUAAAAUUCAACGUAAAACAAUAGACCUCAGCUCGAGACUCUGGAAAAUCAAAGAUUGCACCAGCCCUCUAAAGGGUAAAAAUUAGAUUUAAUACCUUUUGUUAGUUAUACCAGAGUUGUUAUUGAUACCUAUAGAACGACACAUCGAAAUAUGAACUGUUUCUAAAAAAGUGGCGAUUAUUUCGAAGGAUUUUUGAAUAAAAAUCUACGAGAGUCUGUUUGAUGCAAGGCUGAGUUGACUACUAACCAAAAGUUCAUACAGUUGAUUAACUAAACAGGUGUACCUUUCCGUCAUUAUAGUUAUUUAAUGACACGUCCUAACGUGUCACGUCUCUUUAAAAUCAGUGAAAGUACGGCCUACAUAUGCAUUUCGCCAUAUCUCACCAAAAAUUUAAAGUCAAAGAAAUGGUCAUUAACAAAACAUAACGAUUUUCUUCUACAGCAACUUUGUUACUACAAUUACGGAGAAUCUUGUUAUUGAAGGACCAAUUCCUGAUGGUAUCGUCGGCGACCUUACUGCAAUAAACAUUGAGCGAGGCCGGGAUCAUGGCUUACCGCCCUACGUAAAUUUCCGAGAAUUUUGUGGAGCGGGGCAAGCGAAGUUCUUUCCUGAUCUCUUGACCACAACAACCCAAGUAAACAUCAAUAAACUGAAGCAAGUGUACACAACCGUGUUAGACAUCGAUCUUUUCCCUGGCGGCCUCCUCGAAUUCCCUGCUAAAGGAAGUGCAGUGGGGUUCACCUACACCUGUCUUCUGACCGAGAUGUUUAAAAGACUUCGCUUUGGCGAUCGAUUUUGGUACGAAAGGGAUAAUUCUGUUGGGUUCACAUUGCCUCAACUGGAUGAGAUCCGAAAGGCCUCACUGGCACGAGUGUAUUGCGACAACACCGCUUCCGUAAUCUUCAUUCAGCCAAAAGUCUUCGUUCCGAAAACGAACAAAUUUGGAGAUAAUCCGGUAACAGAUUGCGACUUCCUGCCCAUGGUAGACUUGGAAAAAUUUAAAAAGGAGCCUGAAGAAUCUAAUGGUAGGUGCGGUUAAUCUGUAGAUGAUUGAGCGGCAAUGUGAGCAGCGACAUAACGCCUAGCGCAAAAGGCAAAAUCCGUAGGACAAGGUUUCAAACUUAGCCGGGUUUAUCUAUGUUGAGCUUUUUGAUGAGAAGCCAAUACAUUACAAUUUACUCUUACUGUGCCCAUUUUUACAAAGGAAUAUCCCGACGUACAAGCUUUGCACUUGUCAGGGAAACCUGAUGAAAUGCUGCGCAUGCGUUAACUUCUAAGCUUUCUAGUUGUUAAUUUCUAAGAUGUGUUGCAAAAUUUAUAUUUAUCUUGUCAGAUAAACCCAGAUUGUCUUUCAUUCGCUGUUAAAGAAACAGUUCUAAAUAUGUUAUGUUUCCUCUCUCCAUCUAGCUGAAGUACCUGCAGAAGUACCUGUCUGACGAGCUAAAGACCUGGUGUGUUCGAUUUAAACUCACUGCUGAUGAAUAACACUGUUCUCUUUUUCAUUCAUUUAUUUAUUUAAAGGUGCCUCAAGUAAGCAAUUAAUAACCAGUUAUUAAGUUAAUCUAUUAACCAUCAACCAACUGUAACACUGAUGUUAUGCAUUGUGUAACUGUUUUUACAGAAGGAAUUUUGGCGAAAGAUCAAGUGAAGAAUGUGUAUAGCAUGAGUUUUAUGUCCGUGUGAUGGUUCAUUUUUUCAUGUUCGGUAGUUAAGUUAUGGUAGUCCAUGGUCACUUAAAUUAUUUAUCAAUUAAGUUGUAGACUUCAGUCGGUUCAUGCCUAGUCAGAGGAAGACUGGGCCACUCAUUCUAAAAUAUACAUAGUUUGUAUUCAACUCCAAUGUAUUACUAAGACAAUGCAAUGUAACUUCGCUGUUUAAUUUGAGGAAAUAAACCUUUCAGUUUGAAGAAAUCUGCCUAUCUACUCGUAGUUAAGCAAUUUCAACCUAGGGCCUUCGCGGGACGCUUAGGUUCUUUGAUUUACAUGGGGGUGCGAAUUCUCCUUUACGUGGUAAGUUCCUCUUUUUGCGUAUUUGAGGAUAAAUUUCUCCUACGCUGAUGUUCAUUUUAGGUAUGAAAGUUCCUUUCUAAGAUCUUUUGUCAACAAAGUAUCAUCCAACAACUUACACCCCCACACAUGAUUAGUUGAUACACUUCUCGUGAGCAACGUGAGCAACGUCCAUGGGGUUCUUUCACCCCUCUCCCCAUCCAAUGUUGUCAAUCGCCAAUUCUUCUAUGUCAUCUUGCAGACCAACAUUGAAGAGGCGGAAGGGGCAGAAGGGGCAGAAGGGUGGGGAAGGCAGAAUACUGAACCAGUCUGCAGUGUUUACAAAAAAACGCCAUGAAACCAGCCGCAAAAAAGUUUAGGGCGAAAGUAUUUGAGAUUUAAUUUGCAAUUGCGGACAAAAACAAUCAAGGUUCCCAACAAGAAAAUUGAAUCAGAUUAAAUUGUUUGUGGAACCGACACUAAAUCAGCAGCAACUAAGACGCGAUUACCAAUCGCCACUGUUGUUUAAAUUUGUAUCAGCUGAAUUUGCAGGUAGUUCGUUAAUGAAAUGACGCUUCCUAAUCCACUGAAUAUUCUCUUACCAGAGGGUCUCAAUGGGGUUAACCGUUAGCCGUAAUACGGCCAAAAUAUUUAGCCGUUAGACGUAAAAAUUGACAAAUUUUAACCGUUAGUCGUAAAAAAAGUUAACCGUAAAAAUAUGUCUGGUGGAAACAAUGGAAAGGUGUUAACCGUUAGCCGGAAAUUGGCCAAAAUUUUAACCGAUUGCCGUAAAAGCCAUCACCCCAUUGAGACCCUCUUACCACCAUAUCUUUUUGAGUAACGACAGAAAGCGAGCACGAUAUCAAUGUGAAAACGUCCUUUCUAUGGCUUUUAAUGAUUCAAUAACGAAAAAAACCUAGAGAAAACCCAAUAACUUAGCCCUCUAGUCCUCUAAGUUUCAUAAGGCGUCGAAAAAAAUCCCUUAAGCUUUACUGUUUGUUGAUGCCUACAAAGCGAUACCAUUUAAUAAGGGGAUGGAUUAUUUCCAUUAAAAUCUGGACCAAUCCUGGGCGGCUGAGAGAGGACACUAAUAAGUGAUUGACCCUCAAUUCCCGCGACCCAAAAGAUAUUGCAAUGAGAUGACAAUACAUUUGAAAAAACAUUUUAUUCUGAGUUGAGAAAAAAUGCCUAGGAAUACUCGAGCGAAUGUACAUGCUUCAUUUCGGUAGCUUAACUAGCUGACCAGUAGGUUUGUUACAAGUUUAUUGGCUUGUCUCUUACAAGACAACAGCAAACUAAUCAGAAAGUCUGUAAAGGUAAGGUUAUUUUUUUUUCCAUUUUACGGAUUUUAGGCUGAUUUGCUAGAACAAUCGAUUCGCUUUAUUACUACGCAAGAACGGAUCUUUUUUUUCCUGCUGAUCUGUUGCGUUUUGGUUACCGCUUGUGCUACUUGCGCUGACUCGAUCCUUGUGAUCCUUAUAAUAGGCGGAAAAUUCAUGCAUGAAGCCAUUUGUUCUCGAAUUGCUGCCAGUAGACGGACGCAGAGUGCGAGUCACAGAUACUCAAAUAAAAGAGGCACUCAAAUUUUUAAUUUCCCUCGAAAAAGAGAGGGUCGGAUGGACCAGGAAAAAAAUUUUUUUUGACCUGCCAUCGCCAAACUAGACUAAACGCUUUUGUUUCCGCUGAAAUUUUAACCAGACAUGUCUUUCGUAACAUGAAAGCUAAAUGGUUAAAAAAGAACCCUGAUUGUUUGUUUUGGAAGGCUCAGAGUCAGGACAGGUUCGGCUGAAGAUUGGCGAAAUUUUGGCGAUUCACAAAAAUUUAGCAAGGGGUUGCACUUAUUCAAGGCUACUCGAAGACAGAUUUUUUCACUAAAGAAAAACAAGAAAUGCUCUAUUGCGACCCGGUCCUUACUUCUUCAUAUUAGUUUUCCAAAGAAAGAUAGUAAGCCGUACUGAGUAAAGCAUCGUCUCAAUAACCCGGCGACUCGGUACAGUAUAUAUUCUAGUCGGACAGUUCCCGCAGCCAAGAUCAGCUGCACAGUCGCCUGCUGCUAAAUUUGUAAAAGUGUUGCGUCGAGGAAUGGUCUUAGUUCUUCUUAUCCAACUUCCCAAGCUGAGUCUUUUUUUCUGAGUCUAAUUUAACUAAACAUCUUUGGAAAAAAAUACACUUACGCCACGUUGACUCCUCGAGGUGUCGGUUUGAUCAUGAAGUUAAACAUUUUCUUAGAAAUCGCUGGUUACUCGUAGGCGAGAGAACAUGAGCAGCCAGCCCUAGCGUUUCCAUUGUUAUCUUUCUAUGCAGAAAUAUCAACGAAAUGUUGAUUAUUUGGUGCUUAUUUACGGCGCAACUACUUACGAUUGCAAAUUUGCAAGUGUCAAAAGCCGAAGGCGUUAUUGACAUCAGCGACGACGAAAUCCGUAGAUCAAUACUGGAAGCCCGGGAGGAAAUCUUAGAUGAUGGAAAGGAGGAAUUUGAGAGCACAAGAGCAACCUGUGAUAAACCUUAUCAUGCACAAAUAAAGCCAGACCUAAUCUAUGGACAGUAGAAGGCAAGGAUUUCGGAAAUGAUCACAAGAAAGCUUGCAGACAAAAUUGGGUAAGACAUGGGAACAGAAAUGAAGGCUUUCAUAGGACAAUCAUUAGGCAUUUAAAACUGAGCGAAUGAUAAGGUUGUGAAUACUAGGGCCGCGAAUCAAACAGCAGCCAUAGACAGGUACGCAGUUUUGCUCCAUUUUCUGCGGUUUUGUUAUGAAUGAAAUCUCAGUUUUAUUGCGCCAUUGCGGUGAUCUCAAAUCUUACCCUAAGAGUUGUGUUUGUUAACCUUAAUUAUUAUUAAUUAACCUAUAUCAUAUCUGGAAGCUUUAUAAGAGCUUCCUUAUCUUGGUGUUGGAAAAUGUAUGAAAAUAAUUUAUUAUCAAACGCCAUUCAGUUAAAAAAAUGAUAAGCUAGUUGAUUACCAGCCAUUUUCUGGCGAUCUUACUUUACAAUUAGCUAGAGUAAUUAUUAUCUUUUCUGUCUGUGGGAAAAUAGUCCAUUUAACUCUACAAACGAAGAGCAAAUCGAUAUGGUAAAAGUUGAUCCCGCGGAGGAAUUUCCUGGAAAUUACACUUUUUCUAUUUUCGAUUCUCAUUAAGCUCGUUUUUGGGUUAAUCUCAUGUCGAAUUCCAGAUCAAGAAAAUAAUUCUCAAUUUUUAAUUAAGCACGUUCAUCACCUCUGUCUUUUAAGGUGACCACAACUUACAAUUUACUUCCUCCGCACUGAAUUUACAACCGGGCAAUUUAUACGAGCAGCACGUAGCUCUCAUGUAGAGACAUUACUUCGGGUACGCCCUUUCUUGUCCAAAUUCUCUGUUUAUCCUAUUGCUGUGUAACAGUCUUCAAAGGCCGUUUUCUCUUUAAUCCAUUUCUUUUUAAGUUCUACUUCCGUCAAUAAGUUCGCUAUAAUUUAAUAUUGACAAUCUUCAGUUCGGGCCAUAACCAUUUCUGGAUAUCGGUUUCCAGCUUUGUGAUUGGGUGAGAUCAAAACCAAAACAAAGCAAAUUUGGCCAAGAGGUGCUGGAAACAAGAAGAAGCUGAUUUUUUUUUUGUUUUUUUUUGCGUUUUCCGUCGAUCGCCUCGAUAAAAAUCAGCAAUCCGUCAACUCAUGUAUCCCCAUCACCAUUUCUAUUAUCUUCGACCACAAUUUUACGUCCCUACUGUCUCCAUAAUCAUGAAUGUGGUAAAGACACCUUAGAGAUCGAACACAUUGCCAGUAGAAAGAGCUUCUAUGGUGAUCAAUUGAAAAUCUUGCUGUCAAACCUUGACCAAUCACACAUUUUGCUUUCUACCUAAAUCGUGUCUAAAGUUUGAGGGGCGAUGGACGAUACUCUUCGUUCACGCUUAUUACCUGUAAGUCACUCCACGUGACAUGUAGUGGAUUGGUGUAUGGAAGUAAGUGUCGAUCAGUAUUCUGACCAUAGACGAUGCCGAAUAUUUUAAUUGGGUUACUGUAAUAUAAUCAGCUUUGGCUUUUUAAAGGGUUGAACUGUUAAACAAUUUAAUUCCAACUUUCCCCUACAUGUCUUUAGAACUAUUUUUGUUGGUCUUUGAAAAGUUUUGCUUACUUUUCUGUGAUUGGUCAAGCUUUGACAGCAAGCUUUGCGAUUGGUCACCAUGGACGCUCUCUGUUCUGGCGAUGUGUUCGAUCUGCAAGGUCUCCCAUCCACACUAACGAUUGCAGAGAAUGUGGGGACGUAAAAGUGUGCACGAAGGACAAUUUAAACAUAGAAAUGGGAUAUUGGCGAUUCAUCAGUUAGCAGAUUACUGGUUAUUACUGACGCUAUUAACUGAAAGUGGGUUUGUUUGACAAAAAUCGGAAGAAGAAGCGUUGCGCGAGAUUGCUGGUGAAAUCUACCUGUAGUGCUCAUAACCGCUCCAUGAGAGACCACCGUAAAACAAAGGUACGAAACUAUAUGAUAUAACUAGUAGGGAAAAUUCCACUUGGUCUGUUUUCCAGUAACUGCAGACUCAAACUCCUCUGAAACUGAGAGAGCUACAAAAAAUUAUUAAAUGAAAGAGCCACGAUGGAUGAUGGUUUCUAAAAUGCACUGUGGAAUAAUAAUCACAUCACUUCAAGCGGUGUGCAAAGUUACAGAUGAUAAUAAGAAAUCGACCAUAAAAAUCGUCAUAUGAUCGAAUUCAAUGCAAGAGAAUCAUACAAGGUAUUUUGCGCGCUAUUGAUCGAUUCGCGGGACAAUCCAGGUCUCAGAACACUACAAAUUCGGUCCUACAGCUUUUAGUCAGUAAUAAUAUGUCCUUUACAAUUAACUUUUGAUUUGAACACCCUGUAUAGAAAGUCUGUUUAGGUAAUCACUGCAAAAUGUGAAAGCACGAGCGGUGUUUCUAAACGAGUUUCACAAUUACGUAUACAGACAAGUCCCUUGUGGUUUUAGACGAAAAUUUCACUCUCAUCAGUUCGUGUAGUUAAACUCCAACCUUUGUUUCCGGAAUGCUGUAACAGAGACAUUUUAUUUUCAUCUUCAUGCCGCUCUUAUCGCACAUUUCCCGGAUACGAUACCUAAAGAUGUGAGAGCUCAGUGAACGAAUACCUCUUUGUUUUAUGUUUGCCCGAAGGAGAACUUUAUCGCUGGAUAAUCACAUUUAUGUGUUAGAUCCGUGAUUUCCUGAAAUUAGUUUUUAGUGUGCAUUCGCCUUGGCUGAAUGAAUCUCUCUGAUGUCAAGAUCGACAUUGAUUCGAAAUUUCAUCCAGAGCUCCGAUUUAAAAGAUUCUUUGUUUGUAGCACUGUCCCAGGUCUGUGGCAGAUUUGUGCCACAAAGACGACAAAGUGUCUCGAGAUACUGAAUGUGUUCAUCCAUGCUGUUGGCUUGAUCUGAAAUUCACAAUGUAGGCUUAUAAAGGUCCGAUAAAUAACUGUCCUUUUACUUUAAAUUGGCCGGCCACAACGUAUGGUUAAAAUUUAUGGUUUACACGAUACUCCGAUGGAUCUGAACAAAGGAAUCCAUCUGGUAGUUUGCACACUAACAGACUUUCAACAUUCGUGCACUCGAGCAAAAACCUCGUGCACUCGAUUGGAAUUUUGACAAAUUGGAAGCAAAUUUAUUCUAGUUUUUUAAAAGAUUUUUUUUAGGAAUCAAACCACCCGACCUCCACUCGACUUUUCAUCUGAAUUUUUCUGUCUCGUCAUCGCGACCACCAUUAGUUCUUUGCUUGUUGUGUGUAAUUGCUUGUCUUCUGUAAUUUUGCAAGGUUUCAUGGGAUAUGGGUAGGGAACGAAGUCGCUAGGGCUCGAAUAAAGUAAUGAGUGAGUUUCCUCGAGGUCCCACUACGACAUCCAUGUUGGUGACGUCAUCAAGUAUCCAGAAAUGGUUAUGACCCAGACUUAUCCUUUUUUUUUUUUUGUCCGAUCUCAGCCGCAAAUGUUAGAAAUUUAAGGUAGAAAGUCAUUUUUAUAGAGUCAACAUCUCGGAGGAAAGUAUACUUAGUAUUCAGGAUCUGUUUCAUGUGAUUCGCCAGUCCGAUGUUAGUGUGGAAUGAUAAUGGUGAAAUGACGAUAGUGAAAGAUUGAUAGCUUAGUAAGUGUCACCUCAAUAACCUAUACUUUUUUGCAUAAUUUUGUGUACAAUUUAUUCCAUUUAAAUUGGGGAAAUUAAUGAAAACUUGUUCUAAGGGAAAAAAAGAUAAAGCUAAAAGCGUCACGAGGCCCGUUACUCGAGGAUGCAAAUUAUGACUUUGAAAGGAACAACUCGAGGAACGUUUUGAGUCGAUGUUGUUUAAAUUUUCAUGAUUUUCUCACAAAUUAUAAAUAAAAUUGUUCCAUAUGCUCUGACUUUUUACCGAUCAAGUUUUUUAAAGUGAUACUUUAAAAACCCUUGCUUCCAGCUGCAGCAAAAUGUACUGUGAACCGAUGAAAUGACGCGCUGAUUAGUGCCAGUACAGGCAUAAAUCGGGUAAGUUUCGCCCACAACAUCUCCUAAACAAGCACGGUGACCUAUCUUUUUUACCAUAGUUUUGGAAACAGACAUUGAUAAGGAACAUUUAAGGAAAGUUUUAAAAGAAUUGUUCAAUAAAUUUUGCUUCUUGAAGAAUCACCCUAAUACGCACUCCGCCGUUGAGGAAAAAUUUUUUAGAAUUUCGACCGCUGGAUGGUAAUGAUGAUCCAACCUUCACGCAACCCGGUUUCGAGAGCUCGAGAAAAGGGAAAGUUCGCAGUCCAAAUUUACCCAACACUGAGCAGACCAGAUGGUUCACAUGAUAUCCUUAUAUGGAAAGACCCAUAGGUAACUAUGAUUAAAGGGAGUAAGUUUCUAAAGAAAGUGUGGUGCUGCGUCGGUGAAAGAGUGUAACAAGGUAAUUUAGUAUCAUCAACUGAGUUGAUAACGUAAAUUGGCCACCAUGAAGAGUUAAAAAGCUGAUGUUUCGAGCGUCAGCCCCUCGUCAUUCGCUCUGACGAAGGGCUAACGCUCGAAACGACGGCUUUGAAACUGUUUACGGUGGCCAAUUUACAUAUUCAGCUCAGAUGAUAAUGCUAAAUUACUCUCUGGUACCAAUAGUUGCCCCAUCUGCAUUGCAAAAUGGUACGUGCUGACAUUAACCAUAGUUGUUCCUUUUAUAUCUUAUGUUCUACACAGGGCAAUAUUUGGACCAUGACAUUACUCUAGCCGCCCAUCAAGUGACCAGUUGUAAAAUUCAUGCCACAAUUUGACAAAAGAAUGCUACGGUAUUUUCAUCCCAGCUGACGAUCCCUACUUCCCCAAACUUGGUGUCAACUGCAUUGCCUUGAAAAAGGACGUCCCUGCUCCCAGAAGUGACCUGGCCGCACCACGAUAUCACACCAAUAUUUUAAGAGCCUUCAUAGAUGCCUCUCAAGUAUAUGGCGUGAACGAGAAGACUCUUGAGUCGCUGAAGGAUAUUGUAAAGGGUGCAGGCCUUUUGAAGGAGAUCCCACACCCCAGUGGUUCCUUAUCCCAUGGCCUGUUUCCACCAUCAACGGGAUUUUGUCGCAGUGAGGACCUGGAGAGCCGACCGUGCUUCAAGGCGAGACUGGGAUGGCAGCGUUGACGUCAAUGCAGGUAAACUGUAUACAGCUUAGAGGAAAAAACGCAAAGUACGAAAGGAGCCCAGUCGCUAUGUCUGAACAGAUUUUGAAAAUAAUAACGAAUCCAAUUUUUAACUUUAUAAGUUACCAGUUUCCACCCAAGACGUGUAUGGCAGAUAAAAUUUAGAUCGAUCAUCCCACAUUUUGAUCUUCUGCAAUUUUUUCUAGCUAUCCAAGUCAUUUUGUUGUAAUUUUCUCCCGACAAGACUAUCAAAUUUAUGCCCGAUUGGUCAGUUUAUGACCAAUUUAUGUGUAGCCAAUAUAAAUUGUACGUGAAUUUCACACUUACUCUAAUUUUUCUUUGUUAAGGUUUAGAGGCAAUUCAUACUCUGAUGGUUAGAGAACACAAUCACGUUGCUAAAGAACUAAAAUCAAUAAAUCCAAAAUGGAAAGAUGAUAAACUUUUUUACGAGACUAGGAAAAUUGUGGUAACCCUGCAUCAGCACAUCACGUACAGCGAGUAUCUACCAGAGAUUUUAGAUCGGAAAAUUGUGAGUAUAGCUUGAUAAUCUUAACAAUAACUUUAGGCCUUUUUGGAAAGAUGCCGUCUAAACAUGAAAAAUUUCUCUCCAGCUUCCAGUUACGACUCUUUCCUCAAUGUUCUUUAUAUAAGCGACUAAAAAUACGAAUUUCUGGGAUCUCUUGCAUUAUUCUCCACAUUUCAAGAAAGGAAACUCUUCCGACCUAGUGAUCUGUGACCCAUAAAUUAAUGUAAUUUUUUCGAUUAGUCAUUUUAACUUUCGUCAUUCUAUACUAUCUAGUUUCUAGUUUCAAUCUCUGUGCCUUAGGGUAAGUGGGAAAUGAGGGAAUACAGAACCACUUUUCGUGAGUGAAAGUCGUUCUGUUAGUGGCUACCUUAAGGUCUUCAAUAUAUCGACGCAAACGCACUAUUAAAGUCAUUGUGCAUGUCAGCGGCUAUCUGAAAACUCUCCCAUUAAACUAAUGCAAAGUUCGCCGUUAGUCAUCAGAUUAUUGGCUAGCUCAACGACCGUAAUACAGUGUAUAUAUAUACGUUAACAUUUUUCUGACUUUUAAAUUUUACAUACAUAGACCGAAAAAAAAACGAGAUUUAUGAAGUUUAUGUGCUGAAUAAGGUUUAAAAUCCGUCAGUUCGGGUAAUCUGCCGCGCGGGUGAACGGCCAGAAAUUAUAGUAAACAAAAUAAAGACUAACAAAAUAAUUACGCUAUAUAACUUAAAAGUUUAGGCUAAGGCUACGUGCGUGUGGUGAAUUGCCUUUCCAUCGAAGUUCUGCCAAUAACCAGGAAGAUUGCUGAAUUUUGAGGUACUCAGUUUUUUCCAAGUUUUCAACGCUUUCAAGGCUAUAAUUUCGCGGACCGAUUCGUUCCAAAAACACUCGACGCCCAAUUAGUGCGGGCGUAACCAACUAUUGCUACUGUUUCCUCUUCUAGAUUGAGAAACAUGAACUCAAAUUAUUGGACGAGGGAUUCUAUACAGGUUACAAAAACCCUACCAACCCCUCCAUAUCUAAUGGAUUCGCGGUUGCAGCCUUUACAUUCGGCCACAGCCAAGUAAAGGAUAUAAUGAACCGAUAUGGUAAAAAUUACGAAACGAUAUUUUGUGAUGUCCAUGACAACUGUUUACACCGGCGAAUUUAGGGCCGACAAAAAGGUUUAUUUCAAAUCAAAAAACUUGCGUACUUUCAAUUUUUAGAGUUGACGUUGAAGAUGAAACGACAAACAAUCUAAGGAGGAAGUUGAAUAUGGACGUUGACGAAAAUCUAAUAAUGUACGUAAUCAUAUAACAUACAAUAUUCCUGAAUGGAGAGUUCGUGAGUGGAAUGAGUCACGCUCCCAAGUCAUUUGUCUUGGGCAGGGUGAGGUGUGAAAUCAGUGACCGAUUAACAAUUGCCCCGUUCGUUGACUUAAGACUACGAAAAAUUGUGUCAAGAGUUGAAGACAGCGAGUUGUAUCUCUAAUGUUUCUAUUUUUGUUUAGUAGAUUCGACCUUUUUUCGUCGUUAUGAAUGUAAGUACUCAGUUCCUCGUGAUAUCUGCUGGCGAACAAAGUUAUGUUCUUAUUUCACUUUCACUUUAAAUGAGCAUUUUACUCCAACCUUCAGUUGUUAAUAAUGCUUUAUGACGGUAUUAUACAUUGGCCAAUACUUUAUAAUUAGUGUAUAAUCACCAAAAACGCAUUAAGUAAUCAGAAAAAGAGGCUUCCCUCGCUAAAAUGAUACUGCCACCAAGUAUCGCGAAACCUCACCUAAUAUCACUUGGACAACUCGCACAAGCAAAAAACGCAACCUUUACUUUCUAAUCUUUGUACUUAAAGCCGCCUUCUCCCUCGCCUAUUAUUGGUGAUUUCUGACCGGGUUAAGAGCGGUAAAUGGGUAAAACCAAGAGUUACCAACGUGCAUCGAAAUUUUUCAGUUUUCAUUCCUUUUAAAUUAACACAAGUCAAACUCAGCCCAAGUGUUCAACGAAUAAUUUCCGCUUUCCGAGCACAACUUCCUCUAUUCCAUUUUUAGGGAAUUAUGGACACGUGAAAGUUGUAGGCGCAAUGCUACAGAUUAUCAAGAAAACAGGCUUAAUGCUACACGGUGCUCAGAGUUAUGAUAUAAAUAUGUUUACUACCUUUAGUUGCUCCCCACUGAGUUCAUAUGGUAGUUAUCAAAAGUGUCACGCCUUUAUUGUACAAAAAUAAAUAAAUAGAUAAAUGCAUGCGUAAAAAAAAAUUUAAAAAAGACAAUAAACUAAUUAGAUCCACGUCAGGUGCAAGACACAACUAAUUCCUAAGACAAAUGUAACAAAUUAUUCUCCAAAACCUCUCCUAACCUCUUCCAGUAGCGAAUAUAUAAAUCGUUAUUGAGAGUAUGAGUCCCGCUAACAGCAGCAGAAGUGCCACUUUCGAGUGACGGAGAGGAAGAGGUCCACUUGAAACAGCUUGCGUGCAGAAAAAUUUGCGUCUGCUUACGCCUCAUUGUUCUUUCACGAUAAGAUCUCAGGGACAGAAACAAUACAACUUUGGAGUGCAGUUCAUGUCUAAAAAUGUAAGUUCCGGGUUCGUGCUAUAAAAUCACUAACUUCACAAAGCUGUUCAUUCGAAUGCAAGAUAAGAAGAGUUAUCCAAUUCAGGUAAGAAUUACUUUCAAACAUUCGAAAAUACCGUUUUUUUUUCGUUCAAGACUUAAUCAUUUUAUUUCCUGCAGACUUGAGCGUGUACAUUCGCGUAUUGAGCCAUUUAUUUUUCCACAAACUAAAUCCAAUUGUUCCAAAAGCACAGUUUGAUAACUGGGUAAUUCGUUAUCUUCAUUAAGUUAUUUUUUUUAGAGAUAUAUGUCCACAGUGACGAUAUACGUAAACUAUUUUUAACAACGUAAUAAUCAAAAUAAAAAUUUAAAGCUAUGGCAUUAAGCCUGGUGGAAUCUGAUUGGGCCAAUUUCGUUCCUAAUUUUGCUCUUGAAAAUUAAACAACUGUAAAUCGUUCAGCAAGCUUAUGUGUCUGAGGAAAAGUUUUCUCGAGAAAUUUUUUAUGGCAUAUAAAAUCCGCGGGCAAAUCACACACUAUUAUUUCAUUUAAUAUGAAAUUCGCAGCACAAUUGGCAAAGGAUUCGAACAGAUUUUGGAAAGGUUUUGUUGCAGAUAGGUUUUGUUGCGCUUCUCUUCACUGAAUGUCCGAUAUUUCGUCUUGUUCAUCGUAUUUCAAACUUUGUCUUAAAUCGAACAGGGUUCUGUUCCCAAGUUUUGCUAGAGGUCGUUUCAUUUAAAAUACGCCCACUUGACCAGAAUGAUCUUCCUUUUUGCUUAAAAAAAACAUGAAGAGCCGUGCCAAACGAAUUAAGACAACCACACAUGACUGAUUUUUUAACUAAAGGAACUGACCAGAGAAAAAGGAAACAAUUUUCGAUAGAAUUAACCAAAUUAUUAACUAACAAAGCGUUUCUUUUUUUUUCAUUUCUGUGGGAAAAAAAUCGUUUUUGUAGAUCUGUAAGCUACAAAACAGUCAAAAUUUCGUACUCUAAUUUUCCUUGUUUCUUGUUAUUAUUAGUUCAUUAUGAUAAUCAAUCCUUUUUAAAGCACAACAAAUAUCAACAGCAGACAAAAGAAUUCACAAUUAACUUAAACAUGCCUAAUACUGGAAACUCUUUAAGCAACGACACUUGAAUUUUUGCUUAAACGAACAAUAUUAUUAUACUGCAACACGCAAAUCCUUUCAGGGUCUUUUGAAGAACCUGAGUGCAUAUUAAGUAUUUUGCAAUACUUUUAAAGCACGAUUGUAGGGGUUAUUUCUGGGUGAAAAUCGUAUGUGUAACUAAAAAUUUUGGUGAAGGGGAAUUUUGAUGUGUGACUGCUAUUCUACAGGCAGACUAUCGUCUGACCUUUAGUGCUACAAAAGUUGAUAUUCAAUAUCAAGCAUGCCAAAUAACUUUUAUUAUAAAAUAAUUCAAAUAGUAAGCGCGCUCUGAUUGGCCAUAAAACCAUUUUACAUGAGCGUAUGUAAACACGGUUUUCAUAUUGAAUCUUCUCGCGGAGUUCUCCCUGCUAUUUAUUUAGCAGUAACUUAGUUUCUUUAAGUUUGUUUUGAGUACAGUAAUGGAAGAAGAAGAUUUUCCUAAUUUUUCUUUGGAGUUUAAUUUUCCCAGUAUUCAAGAAACGACCGAAAAGCCAAAUGAACAACAACGACAAGCACGUCGCUUUCCUUCGUUGCAAGAAGAGGCUCUUUCAUUAGUUAUUUUAUAAAAGAAAUUUAAAAUGGUUUCCGUGUUUACAUAGCCUCGAUAAGCUGGAAACCACUCCGCUCCGCGUCGUGGUUUCCUACGCUUAUCUCGUGUUCUCCCAACCUCCCGCGUGUUUACAUCAGGCUACGUAAACACGGAAACCAUUUUACAUUUCUUCAUUCUCCCAUUUAACACCUUGAGAAUGCUAUUCAAUUCAGACGCCACAGGGAACUAGGCUUUAAGUUAUUUACUCGAAUUUACUCUGCUAUUGCGUGUCCUGAACAUCGCAAAAAAGAAAUUAUAACUAAUGAAACUAUAAAAAGUGAUAUGGAUGUACAAAUUAUUAUUACGCCUUGAGAUUGCUAUUCAAUUCAGACGCCAGGAAAGUCUCAGGGAACUAGGCUUUAAGUUAUUUACUCGAAUUUACCCUGCUAUUGCGUGUCCUGAACAUCGCAAAAAAGAAAUUAUAACUAAUGAAACUAUAAAAAGUGACAUGGAUGUACAAAUUAUUAUUACACCUUGAGAUUGCUUUUCAAUUCAGACGCCAGGAAAGUCUCAGGGAACUAGGCUUUAACUUAUUUACUCGAAUUUACCCUGCUAUUGCGUGUCCUGAACAUGGCAAAAAGGAAAUUUUAAUCAAUGAAACUAUCAAAAAGUGACAUGGAUGUAUUGGAUAUAAGAUGAUAGAUAGCUAACUAGGCGCGCAGGUCCGAGUUGGCUAUAGUCAUCUCAUGUACAACAAGCUCGAGUGGAAUAAUUUUUUUAUAAAAACAACCCCAAAUAUAAUAUUUGAUGAUAAAAUCUUAUCAAAUUUACCCUGUAAAAACAAAUGGAACUCUACGAUGUACAAAAACACUUCUGGUUUAACCCGUCUUCAUGGCAUUUCACAUAUCUAUCGAGAAACUGUCAAAUACUGCGCGCACGGUAUUAAGCCUCAUAACCCUGGGAUGGCUAAGCCAAUGAAACCACUAAAUAGCAUUACCAAUGAUCCAGUUUCUAAUAAAAUACAUCAUACUCGCAAAGAGGCAAUAUCGAUUUUCACCCUUGACACUUUUUAAAGUACGCGUACUACCCGAGAAGAAGAAAAAGCCUUGAGACAUGCUAUUUUGAUUGAUAAGCAUCAUUUUAAACUGUGCAUUUCCACGCUAAUGAUUAACAAGCAAUUUCUUAUAAAAUUUUUUUCCCUUGUUGAAUUCCUUAGCCACCAUGGCCGUUUUUAUCCUUAAUGGUUUUGUUCUCAUCUUGAUCAUGAGUCUGACGUCAUCUUACGUCAUCGACGACCUCUACCCGGACGAAACUGAAACUCUAGCAGACAUGAAAAGCGAACUUCUAGAGUCAAAUGAAAUGAACUAUAUGGAUCCCAACAUGAACAUUGGUAACAAUCUGGACAUGAGACAGGUUGAGGACAUUGUUGUCCAAAAGGUUGCACCUGAGAUCAAAGCUGCAUUCGAAGCUCAGAACUACUCGUGUUGGAUGGAAGCCCUAAAGAAGGUACCUUACAGACUAAUAUUGGAAAAAAAGAAAGACCAGCAACGCGCUCUACGAAAAUUCUUCCAGGCAUUGCAACAUGGAAAAAAAUCAACGGUAGACGCUCUAACGUGGUUGAAGGCCAAACAGAGCGAAGCUUGCAGCGCUUGCGCGCUGGCGAAACUCUGUAAGGAUCCGGUGAUUUGGAAUCGUUUGGCCUUACCUGCGUCUUUGACAAGGUAAGCGUGAAGACAGUCGGCUAAAUGUAUUUAUGGCAAUGUUAAGAGACAAGUUUCUUAUAUUUAUAGCAUAGCCGGUUGAGCACAGCUUGCAAAGCCUACUUUCUAAUUAGUUUUAAGCUAAAUUCCACAAGUAUUAUGAGACCAAGCAGUAAGAAUAUAAUUUCCUCCAUUUUCAGCUGAGAGUAAAAAGAAAAUAUGCCUAUGGCUAAAGACCCUUGUUACACAAGGAUGAAGAUAUAACAUCAUCCUGGUUUAAGGAAAACGCUUCAUUUAUCUUUUUUUCCCAUUUUUUUUUUCGCUUACAGUAAAAGGAAAGUCAAGCAAUGCAAAUUAAAGAUACUGACCUUGGCGCGCGCGUUCAACUACACAGAAGGAGAGAGAAUAAGUUGUGACAAGAAUUCCCGGUUCAGGGAAAUCAAUGGAACCUGCAAUAACCUGGAUAAUCCCCGUUUUGGAUCAAUCCUUACUCCAUUCAGACGUCUGGUGCCACCUGUAUAUGGAGAUGGGAUUUCGACACUUCGCAGAGCUCUCAGUGGAGACGAAUUGCCAAACGCAAGGAACGUUAGUCGUUUUGUUCACGGCAGUAAUGCAGCCCGCACAAAUCCUGAUUCCCCAAGACUGACUCACCUGAUUAUGAGCUGGGGGCAGUUCAUGGAUCACGAUUUUACGCUAGCAGAGACACAAAGCAUAAACUGUGAGUCGAGCAACUCAAACAUAGAAUGCAUCAACAUUGAAGUUCCCUCUGAUGAUGCUACCUUCCGAGACAGAGGCGUUACCUUCUUUCAGCUGGAAAGAGAUGCACCUCAUAUGCCGAACACCAUGUGCAAACUGACUCCGCGAGAGCACCGCAACACGCUAACAGCGUACAUCGAUGCAUCUAACGUGUACGGUUCGACUGAGGAGGAGGAAAAUAACUUACGAGCCUCGAAUGGCUUACUGAGGAUUCUGGAACCCCGUCACGGUUGCCCUAUGAAGAGUUUGUUGCCUGCACAGCUGCCUGAUCAGUUUUGUGUAUCGAAAGAUCCAAAUAGACCUUGCUUUGUAGCGGGAGACGAGCGCGUUAACGAAAACCCAGGUAAAAAUACUAGUCUGUGCCAGCCAUUACGCAAGACUCACCUAAUAGAAUAAAACCAUCCAAUCAAUAUGUAUGUUGUUAUCUGUCAUGUCAGUAUUCUUCUUGUGAUUACAAUUGAAUUUUGUUUUCGUGCAUGGAAUAAAGAUGAAUGUGAUACGCCUAUGCCUAGCAAUAAAAGGAGUGAACAUUGUUUUUACGUGUUUUGAACAUCUUCUUUGCUUCGUUCUGCAGCUCUCAUGUCCGUUCAUACCAUCAUUACUAGGGAGCACAAUCGAAUCGCGACGUAUUUUGGUGAGAUGACACCAUGGGAUGGCGAGCAAAUAUACCAAGAAACAAGGAAAAUUAUCGGAGCAGUGCUACAAUUUAUAACAUACAACGAGUUCCUACCACUAAUUCUGAGCCCUAAAACGGUAAGAAAAGUUACUCACUCCGAGGUUUCCCAUCGAACCUUUUUGUCGAAAAUCAGGUAGGAUCCUCUUUAUGUUAAAUGCUGAAAAUAAUCACAGAAGGUUUUGCAGACGUUGUUUAGUGACGACACCCGGCAUGAAUUUCUGGGAAUGAGAAACUCCUCAUCGGCGACCAUCGCAUCAUUUGCUUUGUCUGUCUCACAUAACGAGUCAAUGAGUGCCACCGCUCAGAGUGACAAACAAAGUAAUGAUCAAAUUCGAUUGCAAAUGCCCAGAUAGAUGUUGCUGUGUGGCUGUGGAUGUUGCUCUGUGGCUGUCCGUCGUGCUGAAAGAAAGCUCGUUUCUUUACACGCUACUUUCCUUGAAACUGACGUAGAUACUGACAGACAAAUAAUCUCUAUUGUUUCCUUUAAAAUUCUGCUCAGAUCAAAAGAAAUAACCUCAAGUUGUUGAAAGGAACCAAGUUCUUCAACGGUUACGACCCACGUAUCAAUGCUCAAAUGUCUGCAUCAUUCUCUGUGGCUGCAUUCCGGUUUGGUCACAGUUUGGUUCAAGAGGAGUUCAUGCGCUUCACCCAAGAUGGCUUUCAACACCACUGUAACAAAGCGGAAUUUUCGCCAAUCCCAGUACUGGACUUCGGCAACCCGACAUACCUAUAUGACAAGUGUAAUGGGGGUGUUGAUUCCAUCUUUAGAGGUUUGCUUAAAAGUCCCGCUGCAAAAAUGGACGGGUAAGUGAAAACAUAAUUGUUAUAUAGUAGUGAUAAAAAUUGUACAUUGUUUAUGAGGAAGAAAUCCUAUUUAAGUGCAUCUGAGUAAACAUCGUUUUGCUGGGAUCGUUUUCUUACAGGCGAUUUUCAAGUUCCGUGCAAGAAAAUCUGUUUCGAGGUGAGGGUGACUUGUCUGAUCUUAUAUCCAUAAACAUCCAAAGAGGACGUAGUCGUGGCGUUGCUUCAUACACGACAUAUCGCAACCGCCCAGAGUGCCAAAUUAGGGCAAAGGUGAACACGUUUGAUGAUCUGAGAAGAGCUGGCUUUGAUCCAAACGACAUAAACAAGCUGAGAUCCCAGUACCAAUCGGUUCAUGAUAUCGAUCUUUUCACUGGAGGUAUGUAACUGAGUAAAAUAUUAUUUUACGUGCAAUCAGUGCAAACAUUAGAAAUCUUUAACACAACUGAUUUCUCGCAUUGGUCAGCUAGUUCAGCUGGCUACAGCUUGCUUUUGGAUGUGUGUGAGAUUCUUUGAAACGAAAAUACUCUUAAAGGAUACAAUAUGUAAGAACAUAUCAUUUAACCGUUUAAAUGAUCUUAAAGUUUAAGAUUUUGGGGUCGAAACCUGUAACAUUCAGCUUCUAAGCGCUCUCAACCGAGCAUACAAGGGACCAAGUCAAAGGUAGUCUAAUACUUUCGCUGUCUCAUUGCCUCAACUCUAAUAUCGAGUCGUUUCAACCAGAUUCAAAGGACUGGUUGAGAACAGGCAUUUAGCCCAAGUUAUCAUCUCCCUCGGCCGUGAAUCCAUCUAUAAAAGGCUACAGUUUAUUACGUAGUACUUGAAUAGUUAGAUUUGUCCCAAAUUCUCACUUCCGGUGAAGGGCACUCCCACAUAAGAAUCUUGGCGGUAGGUUUUGCCUUGCCACGAUAAGCUUCUAAAUAAUCUCACAAAUAUCUAAAAUGUCCCUCACAGAUGGCAAAAAUUAAUUUAUUAACUUCUUCAUUUUCACAUUUAAAAGGAGUGCUCGAACCUGUGGAUUCAGACGGAGGAGUUCUCGGGCCGACCUUCCAAUGUAUAAUAGCCGAACAAUUUAAACGCCUCCGGGUAGGUGAUCGUUUCUGGCAUGAAAACGCUCCAAACCCUGCCUUGCACACCGACAAAACAGCGUUCACGUCUUGUCAACUUCAAGAGAUAAGGAGGGUUAAUCUUGCAAAGAUAAUCUGUAACAAUGCUGAAGACAUCCCCGCUGUUACAAGGAAGGCAUUGGAGCAAUCAAAGAUAUUUGUCAAUCAAAGAUACAUUUGUCCAGUUGCGAUAAGGUACCAGUUUGAAACAUGAACCUCAAGUCACUAUUUUGAAAAAGAAAACCUCUUUUCCGCAGACCAGGCUUUCAGUUCAAAUGUCCGACUCAACGGUAAGAAAAGCUCAGUUUGAAACAUUUGUUAUAUUUCAUCCUCCUGCGCUCAGUUUACUAAUUUUUAGAGGAUUGAGCUAAUCUUCGGCUAAUUACUGACGACCAAACUAUAUUCAAACGAGUGAUGGCCACGAUGAAUAAAAAAAUCACGUCACGUCAUCAAUCACCACUUAAGCUCAAAAUAGUUCAUAUAAUUCUCAUUUUAUUUAAACACCUUAUUGUCUGAUUUUCCGCAGAGUUUGAUUGAUCUGAUAAACUGAUUCCAUCCACAGAAACAUUUGACGAAAGUUUUUAACCCACUUUUUCUCAUCUUAUCUUUUGUUAAAUUUUUUUCACUUCGGCCGCAUCAAUUCGCUGACAAGUUGAUAUGAUUCCACAUACAUAGGAGUAUUCAUAAUUCGACAAAGUUGUUCAUGCAUGGAAAGGCAUCGUCGAUGGCUAUAAACGUAUAUUACGCUGAAAUUAAACUUGGAAAAAUGACUGGACUAAGCUUACCGGGCUAAACCUUUCGUCAGUUAAUUUUUCUUUAUCAAUUGAGUUAAAAAUGCUGUUUCGAAAACUUCGCGUUAAUUUCAUCAGUGAUACAUGUAAACCAAACGUUUGGAAAGCCCUUAUUACUUUGUGUAACGUAAAUUUUCUUCACGUUGUCAAACUAAAGUUUGACGAUUACUACCAAUUCAUUCAUGAAAAGACGAGGUGGUGAAGCGUCACCGUACCCGUAGGCUGAGGCAUGAAAAUCUUGCCCGCCAUAAGAACAUUCGGCCUUGAAUCAAAAUAUUAAGAGCCAUGAGAUUGAAAAGUCUGCAAUAAUUUAUGACAGCGGUAGCAGAACCCCUUACAGAAUGUAAAACGAGAAAUGCAAAGGCUAUGGAAAAUAAAACUGCGUAAAGUGUGUCUUAGAUUGACGACCCCCAAAAUACCUUCAAAACAGCUAUGAUCGACCGUCAAACUAAGCAACUAAUAACGAGUGUAUUUUUAAAAUUGUUCCGCGUGUUACCUUUUCAUGAUUAAUUCUAAGUUAACACCAGACUGAUGUUAUCAAGAGCAAAUGUCAUGAACAGCCAAAGGAAAGACGAGGUUGACUAAGUGAUUCUACGAUCGCGGACGAAUAAUCAUUUAAUAUUUAAGGCAAUAAUUACUGCAAUGGGCUCUGUUGAAUAUGGUUAUUUUACUAUGGACUCAACAAGUGGUUCAGAAAUUGCAGGUUAUCAACAGUAAGUUUCCAAUAAAAGAAAUUGACAAUUCCUUUCUGGAAGAGGUUAAGAAGAGAAGCCGCAAUUAGCCGCUGGAAAAAAAAUUGAUUCAUGCAAAACGUUUUGGUUCGUCAACCAACUCGUUUGUUGAACGCGUUGAUGGCGGAAGGUGGCGGAAGAUGUGAUUGACUUGGGAACCAUAGAAAGUUGUUGUAGUUUUACGGUUUAACUUUUGCCCUACUCCACCGGCAUGUAAACGAAAAAAUAAAGCCCGCUCUUUUUUCGCCAUCAUAACUUAAUGGCUUAAAUCAUCUAUAAUAAAUCCCCACUAGUCUAAAACUAGCUCAUUUUACUUAGGAAUUAGUCCUGGGUUAUAGAAGAGCUAAGGCCAAUCAGGACUUAUCUAUUUUUUGCUCUCUCUCGGUGGGAUCCCCACUAAUUUCCUAGGCGUCUCGUAAAAUUACCUCAUUUAACAAUAAAUUGCGGUGAGAGAGAGGCAAUAUUUAUAGGUGCCAGCACGGCACAGCAAACAAAGAAACAAACACUCAUAACUUAUCAAACACUCAUUUGACUCAUUGCCAUUUACUUACAGUCACUUUCUUCUAUCGUUUAAAAAGUGACCUAAGAUAAACCUGAGUAGAUCAAUCGUUGAUGGAAAUGUGAAUGACGCA